AUUCUUCGCUCGCAAUUCGCAAACGAUCGACGUCUUGGUAGAUAAUUCGGGGAUGAUGACUUGAACUUCUGCUAACUGAAGCCGUGAAAGGCAAACGAAAAUAUUACAGAGACUAGAUAUCUUUUUUUUUCUUGUUUUUGAUAAGUAGACACUAUCUGAAACGUGUUGUGAUUUUGUGCUUUUGUGUUCCGCUUUUUUUUCUUUCUCGACUUUUUUGUGAUUUUUCUGUGGUGACGAGAUGAACCGACAGCAGCAACAAAUGUCUCAGACUCAGCAGAGUCAGAGUCAAACGUCGCAGACUCAGCAGAGUCAGACUCAGAGGUUGACAAGGACAGAGCAGCAUGUCACUCGACAAGUCACCGGUCACUAUUCAGGUGGUCAGAUGACUCAACAACAAAUCCAGCAAAUCCCUGGCUUCGGCCCCAAUGCCCAACCGCCAGUAUUCGAUAAGGUAUUCAGCAAUGCUCGAUUCGCCCAAGGUGGCGUAGCAACUUUCGAGGGCCGCAUAUCCGGAAAACCUCAACCGACAGUAACUUGGACUAGAAAUGGAGCCCCGCUGCCCAACUCCCAGAAACACCGCCUGUCAUAUAACGAAUCCACAGGUGACAUAACCUUCCAGAUCCAUCAAAUCGGACCUGGCGAUGAAGGGGAGUACGUGUGUAAUGCAAAGAAUCAAUACGGGGCGGCAAUAUGCUCGGUAUAUAUUUCACCCGAGGGUAUGCAGGUGCCUCAAAGGCAAGCAUUCUCGAAAUUCGAGCAAACGACAAACUACUCAAAUGGCACUACAACCACUACGGAGGAUUUCAAGAUAGACACAUUCGAGUAUAGGUUACUGAGGGAAGUUUCCUUCAGAGAAUCUAUCACGCGACGAUCUACGUAUGAAACCGACUCACAGAUUUCUACAACCAUCGAGAGAUCAUUGGGUCCUGCUGCUCCGCCACAAAUUUCACAGAAGCCCCGCAACUCCAAACUGCUUGAGGGUUCUGAUGCCGUGUUCACCGCAAAAUUGUCUGCUAACCCAAGACCCAGACUCACAUGGUUCAAAAACGGCCAGAGAGUAACUGAGUCCCAGAAGUAUGAAACUACUUUCACGAACAACCAGGCCAAUCUGAGGGUGAAACAAGCGAAGUCAGAGGACUCCGGGCAUUACACUUUGUUAGCUGAGAAUCCACAAGGCUGCGUUGUGUCAUCCGCUUACCUAGCUAUAGAACCUGUCACUACCCAAGAAGGGCUUAUCCACGAAUCAACGUUCAGACAACAAACCGAAACCGAGCAAAAUGAUAGCGGAAAGACCUUAGCACCGAACUUCGUGAGAGUUUGCGGCGACAGAGAUGUGACCGAGGGUAAGAUGACGAGGUUCGAUUGUCGCGUAACUGGUCGACCAUACCCGGACGUAACCUGGUACAUCAACGGUCGCCAGGUCACCGACGAUCACAACCACAAGAUACUGGUCAACGAGUCAGGCAACCACGCUCUCAUGAUCACCACAGUGCACCGAAACGACUCUGGCGUCGUCACCUGCGUGGCUAAGAAUAAGACCGGAGAGACCUCUUUCCAAUGCAACUUGAACGUUAUCGAGAAGGAACAGGUGGUCGCACCGAAGUUCGUGGAACGCUUCACCACCGUCAACGUUGCAGAAGGAGAACCUGUGGUGCUGAACGCCAGAGCAGUUGGUACUCCAAUUCCGCGCAUCACUUGGCAGAAGGACGGCGCACCACUCGUCAGCGGUCCCGAUGUUCGAAUCGCGAUUGACGGUGGGGCUUCGACUCUGGAUAUACCGAGGGCUAAAGCCUCGGACGCCGCUUGGUACCAAUGCACGGCACAGAAUGUCGCCGGCUCCACCGCUACCCGCGCUCGUCUCUUCGUACAGACUCCCCAUGGGCCCACCCCUGAACCAAGACGCCUACAUCUACCUAGGCCUACGAAAGUCAUCGAACCAGAACCCGAACCUGGCCCAGAAGUCAUUUACCUCCGCCACGUUGAACGAGCCAGACCUCAUGCACCAGCAGGAGAAGAGGACCGUGUUUACCCACCACCUCAGUUCAUCAUUCCUCUUCGCGAUGCUGUUCAAUUUGAGGGAGGAAAAGUUCACUUCGAAGCCAGAAUUGAACCAGUUGGCGAUCCUACCAUGCUUGUAGAAUGGUUUUUGAAUGGAAGGCCUCUAGCAGCAAGUUCUAGAGCAACUUCCAUUUUCCGCUUUGGAUUCAUAGCAUUAGAUUUGAUUAGUCUCAUCAUGAACGAUAGCGGUGAAUAUGUUUGCCGUGUCACCAGCGCCACUGGCUGCGUCGAAUCUCGAUCACUACUCUCCGUAAACCCUCGAGCUUCGAUCGAACAAUCCAGCCAACACCCAGAUAGCUUGCAAUACAUCCAACACCUCGAGGACUACUCGAGAUACCAAAGAAACGAUAGUAUCGAAGAGAAAACCAAUCAGAAACCGCACUUCAUCCGACCACUCCAGGAGCUUGGAGAGCUCGAAGAGGGAAGAAACGCCCACUUCGAGGCGCAACUCACCCCAGUGAGUGAUCCAACGAUGAAAGUGGAGUGGUACAAAGAUGGCCGACCAAUCACCGCCAGUUCGCGAAUCACAACCAUCUUCAACUUCGGUUACGUCUCUCUUAACAUCAUGCACCUACGGACCGAAGAUGCUGGAUCGUACACUGUGCGGGCGGUUAAUCACUUGGGAGAAGCUAUCAGCACGGCAAGCAUUAGAGUGUUCUCGCGGUCUACCGUUACUGGGGACCUAGGGAUACCCGAACAGCAGAAAUACAUCGAAGAAGUUGAAAGGCUGGAAGCCUACCAGAGGCAGCAACACCAGACGUACGUGUCAGAUUCUCCCGAAAGCACGCAGCCACCAGAGUUCAAGACGCCUAUCAAGGACCAGAACCAAAUCAGAGAAGGUGGGUUCGCGCACUUCGAAGCUAGAUUGGAACCAGUGGGAGAUUCUACCCUCAGAGUAGAAUGGCACAAGGAUGGUCGUCCAGUGGAGGCCAGCUCUAGAAUCACCAGUUUCUUCAACUUCGGUUACGUCGCCCUCACUAUCAAGGAUGUCACCAUCCACGACGUCGGACACUACACAUGUCGUGCAUACAACGCAAUAGGACAAGCCACUACCACUGCACAACUCAGUGUUGUCAGCAAAAAAGAUAUUGUUUUCGAUUCACAACACCCAGGUGGUUUGGAGAAGAUCCAACACUUGGAAGACUCUACUCGCUAUAACAAAACUUCCAAAGAGGAAGUUACUGUUACACAAAAACCAAGGUUUUUGGGACCACUGAAAGGAACGAAUAAAAUUGUAGAGGGGCAACGUGCUCACUUUGAGGCUAGAGUAGAACCUCAGAGUGACAUGACCUUGAAGACUGAAUGGUAUUUCAACGGCAAACCCAUUCAGACUGCCAAUAGGAUACAGACUUACCAUGACUUUGGAUACGUUGCCCUUGAUAUACUGAAUGUACGUGAAGAGGACGCAGGUACUUAUACUGUCGUCGCAAGAAAUGCUCUAGGAGAAGCCCAAUUAUCGGCCAGUAUGGUCGUAGAAACUCGGGCAAGUAUAGAUACAAGGAGCAUGCACCGCAACGCUUUCGACAAAACCAAACACUUGGAAGAAUCCAAAUUCGUGGAACCUCAAUACGACAUCGAGGAGCUUUGCAAGUCCAAACCCAUAUUCGUGGUACCGCUCUCCGACCCACAACCGGUGUCUGAAGGUAAGAACAUCCACCUGGAAUGUCGCUUGGAGCCAAUGGGCGACCCAACUAUGAGAGUGGAAUGGUUCUGCAACGGCAGGUCAGUCACCGUAGGCUCAAGGUUCCGUACAUACAACGACUUCGGAUUCGUUGCUUUAGAUAUCAUUCAUGCCACCGCUCUGGAUUCUGGUGAAUACACGGUACGUGCUGUGAACCAACUUGGUUCAGCCCAUACGUCUUCAUGCGUUAGAGUCAUCGGUCGUUCGGACAUUAUCACCGAUACCCAGCAUGAACAAUCAUUAGAACAGAUUCAACAUCUCGAAGAUGCUUCACGUUACCGUAAGCAUGUAACUGAAGACGUAACGGUGAUGCAGGCUCCGCAGUUCACGAGAGCUCUACAUAAUAUUGAGACCGUAGAAGGAACUAAUGUGCAUAUGGAAUGUCGUCUACAACCAGUGGGUGACCCAUCUAUGAGAGUCGAAUGGUUUGUUAACGGAGUACCGGUCAAAACUGGCCAUCGUUUCAGGCCAGCCUACGAUUUUGACUAUGUGGCCCUCGAUUUACUCAGUGUAUAUCCGGUAGAUUCUGGAGUUUAUACUUGUCAAGCUAGAAACCAGCUGGGUGAAGCAGUGACUUCUUGUUCUGUUAAAGUGAUUGCCAAGAAAGAUCUGCUUUUCGAGAGUCAACAUCCUGCUGGACUUGAGAAAAUACAGUACCUAGAAGAUUCAUCUCGGUACAAACGUACUGAAUUCGUAGAUGAACAAGUAACUGUGAAACCCAAAUUCGUUACCAAACCAAAGAAUUUGGAAAAUAUGACCGAAGGGAAGCAUGCUCACUUUGAAUGCAAGAUAGAACCAGUCACUGAUCCAAACCUGAAAGUAGAAUGGUUCAAAAACGGAAGACCUGUUACUGUUGGACAUAGAUUCCGUCCAAUUCACGAUUUCGGAUAUGUAGCUCUAGAUAUCGUCGACUUAAUCGCUGAAGAUUCCGGAACAUAUACUUGCCGUGCUACAAAUCUCGUCGGAACAGAUGAAAUAAACUGUAACCUGCGAUGCAGACAAUCUGGACAAAUCAUCACUUCUACCCAGAACGAGACUGGACUCCAACAGAUUCAGCACUUGGAAGAUCGUUCGAGGUAUCACAGACGUGAAGAUGUGGAAGAAGUGACCACUCAGGCCCCAAUUUUCACCACAUCCUUGAAAAACAUCGACAUCAAGGAAGGCCAAAGGGCUCACUUUGAAUGCAGACUGAUCCCCGUAUCAGAUGCUACCAUGAAAGUUGAGUGGUUCCACAAUGGACUGUCCCUGAAAUCAGGAUCCAGAUUCACCGAAACAAAUAACUUCGGCUUCGUUGCGCUGGAUAUUCUCUAUACUUACCCUGAAGAUUCAGGAACAUAUACGUGCAGGGCAACGAAUGCCCUAGGUGAAGCAGUAACUUCAGCUGUUUGCAAUGUGCAAUCAAAGAAAUCGAUUUAUCUUGAAUCGGUUCACGAAGGAGCAUUAGAACGCCUCACAGAACUAGAAGACUCUUCUCGCUACCAGAAAAAGACAGUACAAGAAGAGACUAUAAGUCAAGCACCUUGCUUCACGAUGCCUAUCAAGGAUCUGAGAGUCGCUGAAAAUCAAGCUGCUCAUUUCGAAGCAAGACUUAUACCUGUAGGAGAUUCUCGAUUGAAAGUUGAAUGGCUACGUAAUGGAGUGCCAAUUGAAGCAUCAAAUCGUCUGACUACAAUGCAUGACUUUGGAUACGUUGCACUCAAUAUGAAAUAUGUCAACCCAGAAGAUUCUGGUACAUACACUUGCCGAGCUGUAAAUGACUUAGGAGAAGCUGUUACUUCAGCAACAUUAUUUGUCCAAUCUAAGGCAUCACUUCAACUGGAAUCACAACAUGAAGGUGCCCUUCAGAAACUACGGCAGUUAGAAGAUUCAACCAAAUACACACGCCGUGAGGAAGAGGACGUGACUGUGACACAAGCACCUGUUUUCACAACGAAGCUGAACGGUCCUUCAGAAUUAGUUGAGGGACAAAGUGCUCAUUAUGAGUGCCGAAUUGAACCAUAUCCUGAUUCGAACCUCAAAGUUGAAUGGUUCCAUAAUGGCAAACCAUUAACAACUGGACAUCGUUUCAGAACAGCUUAUGACUUUGGUUUCGCUAGUCUAGAUGUCCUUACUGCUUAUGCAGAAGAUUCUGGUGAAUACAGCUGUAGAGCAACCAACAGGAUAGGACAAGCAACAUCUUCCGUUGUCACUAAUGUAAAAUCGAGAGCUUCCAUCAUAAGAGACACUCAACAUGAAGGAGCUCUACAGAAAAUCCAACAUCUCGAAGAUGACUCAAAAUACAAACGAGUAUCUUCUGAAGAUGCUGUUAUCUUGGAGAAGCCACAGUUCGGAAGAGGACUGAAGAUGAUUGAGAAUCUGCCUGAAGGCUCUAGCGCUCACUUAGAGGCCACUCUGACCCCAGUAAAUGAUCCUACGAUGAGAGUGGAAUGGUUCUGUAAUGGCAGACCAAUUCAAACUGGUCAUAGAUUCAAAACAACUUAUGAUUUCGGAUAUGUCGCACUAGAUAUUCUAUAUGCAUAUGCUGAAGAUACCGGAACUUACAUGUGCAGAGCAAGAAACGCAGUCGGUGAAGCUGUCACUACAGCUGCAGUUUCAGUGGUCGCUAAAUCGGGUCUUUAUUUGGAUACACUUGACGAACAGCGUCUUACCAAGAUUCGCCAACUAGAGAACUAUGAAAGGCCCAAGAAAGAAGAAAUUGAAGCUCAACCACAAAAACCAGUAUUCCUAACACCACUAGUAAGUUUGGAAAAUCUCAAAGAGAGUGAACAUGCUCACUUAGAGUGUAGAGUUGAGCCCAUCAAUGAUCCUAACCUCAAAAUUGAAUGGUUUGUUAACGGAGUGAAACUCAAGGCUGGUCACAGAUUCAGGACAACACAUGACUUUGGUUACGUUGCGCUCGAUAUUCUCUAUGCAUAUGCAGAAGACAGUGGUACCUACAUGUGCAAAGCUACGAAUCUUGUUGGUGAAGCAGUCAAUACUUGUAAUAUCAGGGUAGGUAGCAGGAAGAGUAUUUUACUUGAUACUCAUCAUCCAGAAGGUCUAGAAAAGAUAAGGGAAUUAGAGUCCCAAGGGCAUCCUGCAAGAUUAGAAAUCGAAGAACCAGUUCCAACACCUCCAACAUUCGUCACUGAACUGCGAGGCACUACUGAGAUAUAUGAAGGACAGACUGCUCACUUUGAAGCGCAAGUCCAACCAAUACAUGAUCCAAACUUGAGAAUCGAAUUCUAUCAUAAUGGCAAGCCACUACCUUCAGCAGCAAGAUUCCAUAUCACAUUCGACUUUGGGUACAUCGCACUAGAUAUUGGUCAUGCAGUACCAGAAGAUGCAGGAGAAUAUUCCGUUAAAGCGAUCAAUAACCUAGGACAAUGUGUUUCUUCUAUAAAACUGAAUGUUAUUGCAAAAAGCAACAUUGUUCUCGAGUCGCAGAGACCAGAAGGUUUGGAAAAGAUUAGGCAACUAGAAGAACACCAGCCCUAUAAGAGACCAGAACAUGACGAACCAGUUACCAGACAAAGACCAGUUUUCACCCAACCCCUGCAGAAUAUUGACUCCAUCAACGAAGGUCAAACUGCUCACUUUGAAUGCCGUUUGAUACCUGUUGGCGAUCCGACCUUGAGGGUUGAUUGGUUCAGAAAUGAAAAACCAUUGGAGGACAGCUCUCGAAUCACCAAAGUACAUGAUUUUGGUUUCGUGUCAUUAGAUAUAACCCAUGUCAGAGACGAAGACGAAGGAGUAUAUAUCUGUAGAGCUACUAAUCCCCUUGGAGAAGCUGUCACGACUGCAUCUAUGAAAAUUAGAACCAAAGCCAGCAUCCAACUGGAUACACAACAUCCAGAGGCUCAACGUAAGAUUGCCCAACUAGAACAACCACUAGCUCCUAGAUCUGAUGAGCCUGAACGUGAAUUCGACAAACCGAUUUUCACUCAACUGCUGACCGGACCUUCAGAACUCUGGGAAGGACAACAUGCUCACUUUGAAGCUAGGGUUGUACCCGUAGGAGAUGGCAAUCUUCGUUUCGAAUGGUACGUCAAUGGAGUUGAGCUAAAACUUGGAUCAAGAUUUAAGGUGACGCACGACUUCGGAUUUGUUACCCUCGACAUCAUGUCUACUGUCAAAGAAGACUCAGGAGUAUACAUGUGCAAGGCGAUAAAUAAAGCAGGCGAAGCAGUUUCUUCAAUAUCGAUGAAAGUGAAACCCAGAUCGAACAUAGUUGGAGAACCUCUACAACCUGAUGCCUGGCAGAAAAUUCAACUGAAAGAAGCUGAAAUGAAUAGAGUUCCAGAAAUGUUCGUCGACACUACUCCCCAGCAACCACCAGUGUUCACCACACAUUUGAAGAGUUACGAUAAAUUGGUUGAAGGGCAACACGUUUAUUUAGAGGCUCAGGUUGAGCCAAGAGCAGACCCGAACUUACGCAUCGAAUGGUUCAAAAAUGGUAUAUCUUUAUCAACUGGUACAAGACUUCGUAGUACAUUCGACUUUGGUUUAGUCACUUUAUCUAUUAACGGGUUGAGAGAUGACGAUUCAGCUAUCUACACUUGCAAAGCUACAAAUAAGUUGGGUGAGGCAAUUUCCACCUGCUCUCUCAAGAUUGAAGAUCGACACUGGCUUCUUGGACAAACUUUGCACCCUGAAGCUAUUCCAAAACUGGAAGCUCUUGAGAGACCACAUGAAGCCAGACCAGAUGCUCCUGAGCCUACAUACGAACUUCCAAUAUUCAUCACUCAUCUAAAUAACGUUGAGUGUAUGGAAGGUGACAACGUUCACUUUGAGUGUAACGUUGAACCCUCUAAAGAUCCAACUCUGAAAAUCGAAUGGUUCGUCAAUGGAAAACCAUUACCAAGUGGUGCUAAGUAUAAGUCUACAUACGACUUUGGAUACGUUGCACUCGACAUCACGCAUUCGUACGAAGAAGAUUCUGGUAUUUACACCUGCAAAGCUACCAACAGCAAAGGCUCUGCUGAAACUUCUGGCUCAUUACGUUGUACUGCCAAACAAAAUAUUUACCUGGAUACACAACAUCCACAGGGUAGAGCUGGCUUGGAUGCUGUAGAUGAUGUGGAACGUGCUAUUGCAGACAAAUACAAACGCCAGUUAUCAGCACCCGAGAAGGAAUUCGGCAAACCUAUCUGGACUGUACCUCUCAAUCCCGAGUUCAAGUUGGUCGAAGGUCAACCAUUGCAUCUAGAAGGUACUGUAGAACCAAAAGAAGAUCCGAAUCUGAAAAUUGAGUGGUUCUUCAAUGGAAAAUCAUUAGAUCAUGGUAGCAGAUUCAAACUGACCAAAGAUUUUGGCUUUGUCACAUUAGACGUUACCGAUAUCUACGAGAGAGAUCAAGGUAUUUAUACCUGUAAGGCUUACAAUAAAUCUGGAGAAGCAUUCACCUCCACCACAAUAUAUUGUACGAGCAAAUCCAACCUCAUCGAACGAACGCAACAUCCUAAGGGUCAGGAAGGUCUGGAGAAAAUACAAGACCUCGAAGAUUCUCUGCACAGACCUGAAAUGCCUUUGGCAGAAUCUGACGAAGGUCAUGCACCAGUCUUUACAUCAGAAUUCACGAACUUGAACAACUUGAGCGAAGGAGAAAUCGCACACUUCGAAGCUGGUUUGACACCAAUCGGCGAUCAAACCAUGUCCGUUGAAUGGUUCUAUAACGGAAAAACCAUCGAGGCAUCUCACAGAUUCAGAACAGUGCAUGCCUUCGGAAUGGUUGUUCUAGAGGUUCUUGGAACCAAAAUCGAAGAUUCAGGCACCUAUACUUGUAAAGCAGUUAAUAAAUGGGGAGUAGCAGAACAAAGCGUAACUCUGGAAUGUGUAGAAAAGUCAGCUGGACAGAAACCGAGAUUUACCACCCAAAUAAAGGACAUUGUUGGUUUGAAGGAUGGUCAAGCAGCUCAUUUCGAAUGCAAUCUAGUUCCUGUGAAUGAUCCCAAUCUGAAAGUUGAAUGGUACCACAAUGGACAACCUAUUUUGCAGUCAUCUCGUAUCAAGACUGUAUCCGACUUUGGUUUUGUUGUCAUGGAUAUUUCCUAUAUCCAAAGUCACGACUCUGGUGAAUACGUCUGCAGAGCAUACAACAAAUUUGGUGAGGAUUUCACGAAAGCAACCAUUUCAGCUCAUGGCCGAGGAGGUGUUUUCAGUGACAGUUUACAACCUGAAUCUCUUGCUAAAAUCAGAGAGCUAGAGAGUCUCCAAGGGCAACAUGCUCAAGCACCGUCUACUCCUGUAACAGAACCACCAAAAUUCAUUACUCAGAUUCAGGAUGCAACUAAACUUGCCGAAGGCCAAAGUGCUCACUUCGAAGCAAGACUCACCCCAGUUACCGAUCCAGAUUUGGUAGUAGAAUGGUAUUACAAUGGUAAAAAGUUGCCUCACGGUCAUAGGUACCGCACCUUCCAUGAUUUUGGUAUUGUCAUUCUCGACAUACUGUAUUGUUACGAAGAAAAUUCAGGAGAAUAUGAAUGCAGAGCCCGUAAUAAACAUGGGGAAGAUUCAACUAAGGCUACACUGAAAUGCAUCUCGAAAACGAAUUUGAUUCUGGACUCGCAACUCCCGCGGGGCAUGGAAGGUGGACUAGAGAAAAUUCAAACUUUGGAAGAUUCUCUGAUCCGAACUAGAGAUGAAAAAGAGGAGACAGAAAAAGGAAGAGCUCCUGUGUUCACGGUACCACUAUCAAAUAUUGACAGCCUACGCGAGGGUGAAAAUGCUCACUUUGAAGCACGACUCAUUCCAACCGAUGAUCCAAAACUCAAAGUGGAAUGGUUCUGGAAUGGAAAACCACUCAGAACCGGAUCUAGAUUCCGAACAUUCUGCGACUUCGGUUUUGUUAUCCUCGAAAUUUCGCCUGUAUAUCCAGAAGAUUCAGGAGAAUAUUCUUGCAGAGCUUUCAAUGAGUAUGGUGAAGCAGUCACUACUGCCUCAAUGAAGGUAUCAGGAAAGAGAAGUAUAAUUCUCGAAUCCCAAUUGCCGAAGGGAAUGGAGGGAACCAUCGACAAAAUUGCUGAGCUCGAAGGUUUGGGAGCUGCACCAUCUCAACUCACUCCUGAUGACGAUUCAGGCAAACCACCUGAAUUCAUAACAUCUCCAUCAGAUUUGAUACUGAAUGAAAAUGGACUCGCCCACUUCGAAUGUCGACUGAUACCAGUCAACGAUCAGAGUAUGAGAGUUGAAUGGUUCCAUAACGGUAAGCCUCUAUGGUCUGGAUCCAGAAUCAAAACCAUCAAUGAUUUCGGAUUUGUCAUAUUGGAAGUAGCCGGCGUAUAUCAGAGAGAUUCUGGGAUGUAUACGUGUAAGGCUACGAAUCGUCAUGGUGAGGCAACAGUAUCAUGUCAACUACAAGUGAAAGGUAGACAAGGAAUUGUGAUGGAACCUCAGUUGCCAUCAAACUUCCGCAGUGGUACUGAGAGUAUACAAAAACUCGAGGAGCAACUGCAUAAGAGAGAUGAGAUACUAGCUGAGGAUGAAAAACCGAAUCCACCAAGAUUCAUCGUAGAGAUUAAAGAUAAUCUCGAUAUCUCAGAAGGCAGUCCCAUUCACUUCGAUUGUAGGGUCGAACCAACUAAUGAUCCAACUAUGCGAAUCGAUUGGUUCCAUAAUGGCAGACCAUUUGCAACUGGAUCACGUGUCCACCAAAUCUUCGAUUUUGGAUUCAUCUCCCUCGAUAUCGACUACAUCUAUAACAGAGAUGCUGGAGAAUAUAUUUGCAGAGCAACGAACAAAUGGGGGUCAGCUACAACAAAAGCAACAGUGACCUCAAAGACUAAGAGGAAUAUAGAUACUGAUAGCCAGCUUCCAUCUGGAAUGAGUGCUGAAAAGCUGAAAGAGUUGGAAAAAGGACCAGUUUCACAAGCUCCAGAAAAAGAUAAAACUUAUUCACCUCCCAAAUUCAUAACACAAAUCGAGUCAUCUACUGUAGAAGAGGCUGAAUCUGUACAUUUCGAUUGUCGAGUAGAACCCAAAGAUGACCCUAAACUUCGUAUCGAAUGGUAUAGAAACGGAAAGCUAUUACCUUCUGGACAUCGUUACAGGACAGUAUACGAUCUCGGAUAUGUGUCUCUUGAUAUAUUGUAUGUCUAUGCUGAAGAUUCUGGGGAGUAUGUCUGCAGAGCUGUCAAUGAUUAUGGUGAAGAUUUCACUAGGGCAAAUAUCACAUGUAAGAAACUGCCCAAUAUCAUUCUACAAAACCAAGUGCCCAAAGGAAUGAAGAGAUCGGAAACUCUGAUGCAAAUGGAAGCUGCAAUCAAGAAAUACACAUCUGAAGUAUAUCUCACCGAAGAUGAUCUCUAUGAUAUAGAGAAAAAGCAACCUCCACGAUUCGUCACCCAAAUCCAAAGCCAAACUGAGCUUAUCGAAAUGCAAACAACCAAGUUCGAAUGUCAAUUAGCUCCUGUAGGUGAUCCUAACAUGAAAGUUGAAUGGUUCCUCAAUGGAAAGCCUCUUCCUCACAAAAAUCGCUUCACGCCAAUAUACGAUUUUGGUUAUGUGGCUAUGAAUUUCGGAUGGGUAUACCCAGAAGAUAGUGGCGAAUAUCUAUGUAGAGCCACCAACUUGUAUGGUAUGGAUGAGACCAGAGCUAUCAUCAAGACCACUGGUAAACCAGGAAUUAUAUAUGAUUCUCAAUUACCAAAAGGCAUGAAGAGUAUCGAACGAAUUCGUGAACUUGAAGCCGCAUGGCAAGUAGUACCAGAAGAAGUAGAAGAAGAAUCCAAACCGAGAUCUGCUCCUAUUUUCGUGAGCAGACCAGAACCAGUAACAGUUGAAGAAGGAGAAUGGGCGAGAUUCUGUUGUCGCGUAACCGGUCACCCAAGGCCACGUGUGAUGUGGCUCAUCAAUGGACACACUGUAGUGAGCGGAGCUCGCUACAAAUUAACCUAUGAUGGAAUGUACCAUCUUGAUAUACCAAAGACUCGCCAAUACGAUACUGGUAAAGUUGAAGUAAUUGCGCGUAGCUCCGUUGGAGAAGCUGUAUCAGAAACGGAACUGAAAAUUAUUCCUAGGCACGACGAUUAUAGAGGGGUACUCAAAAAUUCACCUAGACCUUGGUAUGACCUUGAGCUAGCUGAAUACCAGAAAGAACGCGGUGAAACCGAACUCGAACGAAUUUUCGACGAACGCAAUACCACUCAAAGAGACAGUGGUAUCCACGUCACAGGAGUACACGUUCAACCAAAAGAAUUCAGGCAACCCGAAACCGAGUGGCAAAAGAGUAUCAAGAACAAGAAGGGCGAAGAGUAUUACAACAAGUUACAAGAACUCGAAAGCGAGCAAGUUAUCAAAGAGAUCAGGCUUCGUGAACAGUCUCAUCAGUUCGCUAUUCCUGGAGAAAAAGUUGUGAGCAGUUCUGUUGCUCGAGGAAUGGCACAACAAUACGAAACCAGUUUGGAGGAAAAACCGUUCGAGAAAGAUCUCGCUCCAAUUCCUCGAAUCCCGAAACCGGAGGCUCCAAAGCCUGUUCCACACAAGGAACAAGUCAAGUUGAGGAAAACCGAUAAGAGCAAAGAAACUAUCCAACAGCAGCAAGUUGAAAUCGAUUCCAAGCAAGCAGCUUAUCCACCAGAGCCCACUGAAUCCGGCGUACAUGGCAGGGAAAUCUAUGUUACCAAGCAGAAGCAGGUACAGAAAGAACAGAAGGGUGACCUCGAAAUCACCCGCAACAUCACUGCUACCGAGACUACCGAUGUGGAACACAAAGCUAAGACACAAGAGAGGCUUGUACAAGGGCAAGUAUUACCUUCGAAUCCACCGGUCUUCACGAAAAAAAUCCAACCAGUCCGAGCUUUCGAGAAUGAUUCUGCUCGCUUCGAAGUAGAGUUUGACGGUGAUCCGUUACCAAAGAUCACUUGGUACAGAGAGGACUUCCCGAUAACUAGCUCACCUGACCUGAAGGUAUAUACAUUCAGCACCAAGUCAAUUCUGCAACUGAGACAAGUAUUCAUGGAAGACUCGGGAGUAUUCCGGGUAGUAGCUGAAAACCGUGGUGGUACUGCUAAAUGCAGUGCAAACCUUGUUGUCCAAGAGAGAAGAAGACAAGGUAGGAGCGGUGGGGUUGUCCCACCUAGCUUCACAACCACAAUCCAAAGUACGGCAGCUAACGUAGGGCAACUGGUGAGGUUCGACGCCAGGAUAAAUGGAACCAAACCCCUAGAUAUUUACUGGCUUAAGAAUGGCAAAAAAAUCACUUCUGAUAUUAGGUACAAGACCUUGGAAGAAGACGAGCUGUAUACCUUGCUCAUAAUAGAGGUUGUACCUGAGGAUUCAGGAAAAUACGAAUGCGUCGCUAUGAACAGCUCUGGUGAAGCAAGGUGUGAAGCAGAGUGUACAGUCAAAGCUCCAGCAACUCCACAGAAGCAAUCCAAACCAUCUACUCCAGGUGCCGAGAAAGCACCAACCAUUGUCGAGCCUCUGAAGGAGCAAUCUAUCAAAGAAGGACAAGCUGUAGUAUUCAGAUGCAAAAUUUCUGCAAAACCAACUCCCACUAUAAAAUGGCAGAAAGCUGAUAAGAUUAUCAAACCAUCCAGGUAUUUCCAAAUGAGCAAAGAAGGUGAUUUCUGUACCUUGAAGAUCUCGGAGGCGUUUCCGGAGGACGAAGGUGUGUACAAAUGUACUGCUGAAAAUCCUGCUGGUACUGUAUCUACCCAGGCGAGGUUGAAGGUUCUGGCGCCCGAGACUCAGGAAGUUGCCCCAUCGAUGACACCGAUGAAGGAUGUUGUUGUAGUGGAGGGCAGUCCAGCACAGUUCAAGACUACUAUUUCUGGAAAGCCCAAGCCGACUGUUCAAUGGCUAAGAGAAGGAUUCUUGAUUCCAGAAUCACCAGAUUUUCAGAUGAUUCAAGAGGGCAACAAUGCAAUUUUACUCAUUUCCUCCACUUAUGAAGAAGAUUCUGGCGUGUUCAGUUGUAGAGCAACCUCCUCAGCAGGACAAGUUGAACAAUCAGCAAAGCUGAUCGUCAAAAGACGUCCAGGCUCAUACCGUAAAAGUUCAGCAAUUGACGUAACCGAAAACGGUGACAAAAUAACAUACACCAAAGACCAACCUGGAUAUGGUCCAGCUGGACCAGGAAAAACCACUUCGAUAGCUUCAUCAGGCUCAAAAGGUGGCAGUCAACCUCUUGACGAAAAUGAAUUACCCGUUGGCGAUGAAUCGUUGCCAUGGAGACAAAAGACAGGACCACGAAAGGAACCGUUGCGAAAAGGCUCUAUUGGUGCAGAAGGACCUAAAUUUCAACAGGUUCAACCCUGGACACAGGAACAGAUCACCUUGAAGAAAACCAAACAGGAAAAAGAAAUCGUUAAAAAGAGAAUGGAGAAGGUCAACUUGAAGUCCUUGAAACAGGAAAUUGAAGAAGUCACUGGAACAGAAACAAUGAAGCAACCACUUUCUCAUACGGAAGAUAGCACGUUGUUAUCCCUGAAUGAAAGAGAAACACUAGAAAUGAAACGCAAAGGGGAUCUUUUGAAGAAAGACUGGCGUAAGCCAAGUACUGGACAACAACCUCUAUCUCAUACAGAAGACUCAACUUCCCUUUCCGUUGACGAAAAAUCUGAGGAAACAAUGAAACGUGAAGAGGAAAAGUUAUUGCAAAAGGAUUGGCGUAGACCCAGAGGACCAGGUCAACAACCUUUGUCUCAUACGGAAGACAUCACAUUGAUUGAAGAAUCGAAAGAACUGACUGAACUUCACCCAAAGAAGCAAAAGCCUCGCGAAGUCGAAGUUCCGAAAUCAGAACCUGUACCCUGGGUUAAACAGGAAAUACAUUUGAAAAAAAUACAGAAAUCGGCAAGAGAAACCAAGAAAGAGGUGCAUGAAAAUGUUGGUGGUAUAAUGCCUGUGGUGCACACGGAAGAUUCUUCAAUUCUUUCUGUCAAGGACGAACUUGAGGAAACUGGAAAUCGUGAAGAGGAAAAGUUAUUUCAGAAUGAUUGGCGCAGACCUAGGGGAUUGGCUCAACAACCAAUAUCUCAUACGGUAGAUUCUACUAUUCUUUCGGUGGAUGAGAGAGAGGAUGAAAUCACAAGAAUUGGGGAUGAGAAACUUGUUCAAAAAGAUUGGCGCAAACCGAGAGCUACAACAGAACAGCCAAUAACACAUACAGAAGACUCAGCAAAUCUUUUACUCGAAGAAAAAGAAGAAGAAUCGACUGAACUUCGCCCGACUCAUCAAAAACCUCGAGAAGUGGAAGUUCCUAAAUCAGAACCUGUACCUUGGAACAAACAAGAUAUAACUUUGAGAAAAACUCAAAGAGUGGUCAAACAAACCCAAAAACAAGAACUUGAGGAAGUAUUGCUCAAACCCACAACUAUUGGCAAGAAAGUACCAGAACAAAUCAGUUCCAAACCAUUUGUUCAUGAAGAAGAUUCAGCUAUUCUCGUUGUUGAUGAACAGUCGAAAGAAACUAAAGAACUUGGCGAAGGAAAGUUAUUACAAGAAAAGUGGCGCAAACCGAAAGGCGUAGAGAAGCAGCCCUCCUCCACUAUGGAAGUUCUUCCAAUAGAAGAUACAGAGGCAAGAACUGAAUCUCCUGAAACAAAACAAAAACCGCACGGAAUUGAAGUUGCAGAAUUAAAACCUCUUCCCUGGAACAAACAGGAUAUUCGUCUAAGACAAACUCAAAAAGGUCCAGUUGAACAGCUGGUAUCAAAUAAGGAAGAAUCUACAGUUAUUUCAGUUACCAAGGCAAAGAAAAUCACCGAAGAUCUAACCAAACGGGAGCAUAUUGAUAAUAGCACAAUGAUUGAAUUAGAUGAAAAAGAAGAACUAGUUGAAAGCAAGAGAUGGAUAAAACCGAAAACCGAUGAGAUUGAAAAAAUCACAACCAAGACAACAAAAGAAAAACCCAUCCAAGUCGAACAACCUGACAUGACAGGUUGGCGAAAACCUAAAAUAGAUAAAAGUGAAGCAGAUGAAGAAAUGCCUAUAAAAACACAAGCUCUUACGGAAGAGCCUAUUCCUUGGAACAAACAGAUGAUUUCAUUGAAAAAAACUCGCAGAGAGUCGAAAGAGAUCCAAAAAGAAACUCUCGAGAAAGUUACUCUCAAAGCAACAAGGCGUUCGAGUGAACAAGAGUCUGAAUAUAAAGAUGUUAUUCUGAAACCGAUAACGGCUACCUCUGAACAAGAAACCUUACCUAUUGAGACAUCAACAGCUACUGAAGAAACAAUUCCUUGGGGCAAACAGAAAAUAACAUCUGAAAGGAUUCAGAAGGAGGAUAAAAUCGAAGAAGUGGUUCAGAUAGUUAAGCCCAAACCUGUGGAGAGGUUAUCAGUCGAUGAGAAACAGCCGAGAGAAUUGAAACAUGAAAAACCAGAUCGAACAGGAGAAACAACUUCCAUUUCAGACCAGGAGAUAAUUACGGACAAAUACCAAGAGCUUUCAGAAAAAUUAUCAGAUGAAACGAAACCUGAAGAAAUGAAGAUGGAUACAAUUUCGAUUGCUCCAGAGGAACCAAUUCCUUGGAACAAACAAGAAAUAACACUCAAGACCGGUCGGAAGGAUAUAAAAGAAAUCAAAGAAGUAGUUGAGAAAGUUCAACUCAAACCUGUGAGAAAGUUGCCAGUUGAUGGGGAACAAUCAGAAAUUUUGGCGAGUGUGAUGCCAGAUGAUACUGAAGAAACAACUACCAUUCCGGAAGUCGAAAGUCCAGAAAUAAAAUCUUGGCGUAAACAAAGAAAAGAGGAAGUGACAGACAAAAAGAUAAUCACAGACGAGAAAAGUAAACUUCCAGAAGUAAUAACUGAUGGAAAGAGACCUGAAGAAACAGGGAAAGAUACAAACUUGUUAGCUACUGACGGACAAGUCCCUUGGAACAAACAGAAAAUAACUCUCAGAAGUGCUCAGAAGAAUAAAAAAGAAAUGAGAGAAGUCAUUGAGAAAGUUGAACUGAAACCUGUGAGAAGGCCAUCAGCUGAUGAGCAACAGCCACAAGGAUUGGAAAGUGAAAAUCCAAAUGAAACUGAAGAAACAACUUCCAUUCCUGAAGUCGAAAAUCCAGAAACAAAAUCAUGGCGUGGGCAAAGAAAGGAGAAAUUGACAGACAAGAAAAUAAUCACAGACAAGGAAGAAGAGAUUCUAGAAGAAUCACCGGAUGAUGAGAAACCUGAAGAAACAGAUAAAGAUACGAUCUUGAUUGCAACUGAGGAACCCAUUCCUUGGAACAAACAGAAAAUUACUCUCAAAAGAGCUCAUAAGGAUAGAAAAGAAGUCAAAGAAGUGGUUGAGAAAAUUGAACUGAAACCUGUGAAAAGGCCAUCAGAUGAUGAGCAACAACCACAAGAAUUGGAAAGUGAAAAACCAGAUGAAACUGAAAAAACAACUUCCAUUUCUGAAGUCGAAAGUCCAGAAACGAAAUCUUGGCGUAGGCAAAGAAGGGAGAAAGUGGUGACAGACAAGAAAAUAAUCACAGACAAAAAAGAAGAGCUUCUAGGAGAAUCACCAGAUGAUAAGAAACCUGAAGAAACGGAUAAAGAUACGAUCUUGAGUGCAACUGAGGAACCCAUUCCUUGGAACAAACAGAAAAUUACUCUCAAAAGAGCUCAUAAGGAUAGAAAAGAAGUCAAAGAAGUGGUUGAGAAAACUGAACUGAAACCUGUGAGAAGGCCAUCAGAUGAUGAGCAACAACCACAAGAAUUGGAAAGUGAAAAACCAGAUGAAACUGAAAAAACAACUUCCAUUUCUGAAGUCGAAAGUCCAGAAACGAAAUCUUGGCGUAGGCAAAGAAGGGAUAAAGUGGUGACAGACAAGAAAAUAAUCACAGACAAAGAAGAAGAGCGUCUAGGAAAAUCACCAGACGAUAAGAAACCUGAAGAAACGGAUAAAGAUACGAUCUUGAGUGCAACUGAGGAACCCAUCCCUUGGAACAAACAAAAAAUUACUCUCAGAAGGGCUCAGAAGGAUAGGAGAGAAGUCGAAGAAGUGGUUGAGAAAGUUGAACUAAAACCUGUGAAAAGGCCAUCAGAUGAUGAGCAACAACCACAAGAAUUGGAAAGUGAAAAACCAGAUGAAACUGAAAAAACAACUUCCAUUUCUGAAGUCGAAAGUCCAGAAACGAAAUCUUGGCGUAGGCAAAGAAGGGAGAAAGUGGUGACAGACAAGAAAAUAAUCACAGACAAAAAAGAAGGGCUUCUAGGAGAAUCACCAGAUGAUAAGAAACCUGAAGAAACGGAUAAAGAUACGAUCUUGAGUGCAACUGAGGAACCCAUUCCUUGGAACAAACAGAAAAUUACUCUCAGAAGGGCUCAGAAGGAUAGAAAAGAAGUCAAGGAAGUGACUGAGAAAGUUGAACUGAAACCUGUGAGAAGACCGUCAGAGGAUAAGCAACAGCCACAAGAUUUGGAAAGUGAAAAACCAGAUGAAACUGAAAAAACAACUACCAUUCCUGAAGUCGAAAGUCCAGAAACGAAACCUUGGCGUAGGCAAAGAAAGGAGAAAGUGACCGAAAAGGUAAUAGUCACAGAGAAUAGGGAAGAGUUUCUAGGAAAAUCACCAGAUGAUAAGAAACCUGAAGAAACGAACUCGAUUGCAACUGAGGAACCAGUUCUUUGGAACGAACAGAAAAUAACACUCAGAAGAGCUCAGAAGGAUAGAAAAGACGCCAACGAAGUGGUUGAAGAAGUUGAACUGGAACCUGUGAGAAGGCCAUCAUUUGAUGAGCAACAGCCACAAGAAUUGGAAAGUGAAAAACCAGAUGAAACUAAAAGAACAACUUCCAUUUCUGAAGUCGAAAGUCCAGAAACAAAAUCUUGGCGUAGGCAAAAAAAGGAGAAAAGGAUGACAGACAAAAAAAUAAUCACAGACGUAGGAGAAGAGCGUCUAGGAAAAUCACCAGACGAUGAGAAACCUAGGGAAACGGAUAACGAUACGAUCUUGAUUGCAACUGAGGAACCUAUUCCUUGGAACAAACAGAAAAUUACUCUCAGAAAAGCUCAUAAGGAUAGAAAAGAAGUCAAAGAAGUGGUUGAGAAAGUUGAACUGAAACCUGUGAGAAGGCCGUCAGAUGAUGCGCAAUUGCCACAAGAAUUGGAAAGUGAAAAACCAGAUGAAAUUGAAGAAACAACUUCCAUUUCUGAAGUCGAAAGUCCAGAAACGAAAUCUUGGCGUGGGCAAAGAAGGGAGAAAGUGACAGACAAAGAAAUAUUCACAGACAAAAAAGAAGAGCUUCUAGGAGUAUCACCAGAUGAUGAGAAACCUGAAGAAACUAAUAAAGAUACGAUCUUGAUUGCAACUGAGGAACCCAUUCCUUGGAACGAACAGAAAAUUACUCUCAGAAGAGCUAAGAAGGAUAGAAAAGAAGUCAAAGAAGUGGUUGAGAAAGUUGAACUGAAACCUGUGAGAAGGCCGUCAGAUGAUGAGCAACAGCCACAAGAAUUGGAAAUUGAAAAACCAGAUGAAACUAAAGAAACAACUUCCAUUCCUGGAGUCGAAAGUCCAGAAACGAAAUCUUGGCGUAGGCAAAGAAAAGAGGAAGUGACAGACAAGAAAGUAAGCACAGACAAAAAAGAAGAGCUUCUAGGAGAAUCACCAGAAGAUAAGAAAGCGGAAGAAACUGAUAAAGAUAUAAUCUCGAUUACAACUGAAGAACCAAUUCCUUGGAACAAACAGAAAAUAACUCUCAAAAAAGCUCAAAAGGAUGGGAAAGUAAUCAAAGAAGAAGUUGAGAAAGUUGAACUCAAAAGGUUAUCAAUUGAUGAGGAACAGCCAGAAGAAUUGCUAAGUGCGAUACCAGAUGGAACUGAAGAAACAACUCCCAUUUCGGAAGUCGAAAGUCCUAAGAAAAAAUCUUGGCGCAGGCAAAGAAAGGAUGAAAAACAAGAACUUCUAGAAGAUAUGACUGAUGAAAAGAAACCUGAAGAGAUUAAGGAUGAUACAAAGUUGAUCGCAAGUGAGGAAUCAAUCCCUUGGAACAAACAAAAAGUAACUCUCAAAAGAGCUCAGAAGGAUAGGAAAGAAAUCAAGGAAGCGGUUGAGAAAGUUGAACUGAAACCUGUAAAUAAAAUAAAAUCGGAAAGAGAUAAACCAGAUGAAACUAAAGAAGCAACUUCCAUUCCGCAGGGGGAAAUUCCGGAAACGAAAUCUUGGCGUAGGCAGAGAAAGGAAGAGAAAAGGAUUACAGACAAAAAAGAAGAAACAUCGGAUGGUAAGAAACCUGAAGAAACAGAGAAAGAUGAGAUAUCGACUGCUCCUGAGGAACCAGUUCCUUGGAACAAACAGAAAAUCGUUCUCAAAAGAGCUCAGAAGGACAGACAAAAAAUUGAGGAAAAAGUCGAGAAAGUAGACCUCAAACCUGUGAAAAGGUUAUCAGUCGAUGAAAAACAGCCAGAAGUGUUGGCAAGUCAGAAACCAGAUGAUUUUGUUGAAACAACUGUAAUUUCCGAAGAUGAUCGAGAAAUGGAGUCUGAGAAACCAGACGAACCGGAGACUCAUGAAGAACUGGUGGAAGAGAAGUCUACUAUUCCAGAAGUUCCUGAAGCCCAAGAAACAAAACCAUCACGGAGACAAAGGAAAUACAAUAAACUCGAAAAGGAAAUUGUUUCCGACAAAAAAGCAGAUAUACCUGAGACCAAACCUGAAAUUGCCAGAGAAGAAGUUUAUCCAACUCCUUCAGACUCUAUUAUAGUUGAGACAAUUACUGAAAUUGAAGAUACUGUCAUUCUGAAAGUGGAUGAACGUAAGCAUCCGAAAUUACAGAAAGUAAUCGUUGAAGAAGUCUCAAAACCUGAGUAUGUAAAACUAAAACCUACUCAGAAACGAGAUAUACCUUUAGAGGAGACUCACAUCGAGAAAGUCACUCUAAAACCAUUACCAAAGCAAGAGUUGAUCACUGCAGAAGGAAUAAAGGUCAAGCCAAAAACUAAGAAAACUAAAAAACGUGAUGAGGAGCUUCCAGAAAUCGAAGAUGGUGAAAAAUACGUUCCAGAGCUACCAGAAGACAUGCAAUUGGAAAAACCUACAAAAGAACUUGAAGAAACGCAAACCACUCCAUGGACACGUGAGCCUAAGCCUAAACCAGAGCGUGCUCCAGAAGAAACGGUUCAAUUCAAGAUAGGAAAAGGUAAAAUGCCUCAGCAAACACACACAGAAGAAACAGUGAAAUUGAAACCAGUUAAAAAAGAGAAAGAGUCCGUUGAGUCAAUUCCAGAAAAAUCGAAACCCUUUACAAUUCCAGAAUCAGACCUUCAGUUAGAAAAUAUUGAUAAAUCUAUUCCUGAUUCGGUUACAAAAUCGGAAGAGAAAGAACUUGAAAUUGUUAUCAAAGAAGAAACUUCAUUAACUGAGGAAAUUCGUGAACCAACCGAUUCAAUUCCUGAACCAACUGCUCCUUGGAGAAAGACGCCAAAAAUGCAAUCAAAAGAAACUCCUGAAGUGAAAGACUGGCCUAGAGGCAAGAGGAAACCUCAACUAGAAGGAGAAAAAGAAGAAAUAAAACUGAAACCGAUUUCCAAAGAAUAUCCACAGGCCCCAGAAUUCAAAGUGUUGACAGAAACGAUAAAAUUCGAAACUGCUCUCGAAGAACCCCUAAAAAAACACGAUGAUAGUAUAGAAUUAGGACCUGCUGAGAAAACUGAUAAACCAAGAAAGAGAGGGAAGAUACCAAGAGAUACAGAAAAACCUACUGACACAGAAUUCAAAGGAGCGGAAAUUUCUGCACCAGCAGAGGUUAUUCCAGAAGAUAUCGAACCAAUACUAGCACAAGUUGAGAAAGUAGAAGAAAAAGUUGAAAUACGACAAUGGAGGAGAGGUACGAAAACAACCACUGACACAAUUGUGGCGGAAACAGUUUCAAAGCCAAUAAAGAUGGAUGAAAUAGAGACACAGGAAGUUCUUGAGCUCACGCCGACAAAAAUAGAAGACACAUUAGAUGAAACUCCCGAAGAUACCAUCAUUGAGAAAUCGGAGACAGCAAUCAGAUUGAUAAAACCGAAAAAAGAAAUAUCAAAGAUUGAUGAGGAAACUGAAAAGCAACCAGUUGAAGAAGAUAUCGAAGAGGUUACUUUCCAAAAAGACAUGAACGUACAAAUAAUCUCGAAGAAAAUUCCAAAACCGAAAACAAAAGUUGUUUCAUUCGAUGAUAGCCAACCUAUCCCUGAACUUGAAAUUAUUUCCCAAAAACGUAUUACCGAAGUGAUCGAUAAAGUUCCUACCGAAGAAGUGAGGGAAGAUAUGGAUAUAAGAGAGGAAAAACUCAUACGCAGGUCCGAGGUGCAAAAAACCAUUGGCGAGAGAUUCAAAACCAAAACCGUGGCACCAAGAUUCGUCAAAAGGGUUGAGCCUGUAGUUGCUGAAAAUGGUAAACCAGUGAGCCUGGUUUGUGAAGUUGAAGGUUCUCCGUUCCCUGAAAUUAUCUGGUUCAAAAAUGAGAAAGUGCUUCAUGCCACUGAACGGGUAUUCAUCAAUAUUGUCGAGAGCACUGUCACCUUGGAAAUCGCUAACGUUGAGCCGCAGGAUGUAGCAAUAUAUUCCUGCAAAGCUUCGAAUUCUGCUGGUGUAGCAACGUCAACAGCAAAUCUCGUCAUCUUAGAGAAAGAUGAAACUGGUAUCGCACCACAUUUCAUUCAACCUCUACAACCACAAGUUGUAGAACAAGAAAAUACUGCUACACUCCGCUGUACAGUUGAAGGACAACCAACUCCAAAUGUUAUAUGGUUAUGUGAUGAUGAAGAAAUCAAACCGAGCACUACCAGAAAAUUGAGUUUCAAUCCAGAAACCGGUGAAGCUACGCUGGAAAUUCUGGAAGCUACGCCAGAUGAUGAAAAAGUAUAUAGUGUGAAGGCAGAGAACAAGUUUGGGAGAGCAGAAUGUCGUGCGAACUUGAUUACAUCCAGAGCCGUGACAAUUACAAAACCUCUAGUGAUGCAUGCUCCCAAAAUCACUAAGCCAGUACAGGCACUUCUGGUUCAACCAAACGAAGAAAUAAUCUUGGAAGCUGAUUUCGAAGGCACACCGAAACCAACGAUAACGUGGCUUAGAAAUGGUAAGGAAAUAAAACCAAAUAUUGAUUACGAAAUAAAUACUGAUGAUGCGACAACAAGAUUGAAAAUUAAAAAGAAGGUCACCAAACGUCAAAAGGGUGGCAAAUAUGAGGUUAGAGCUGUUAAUCAAAAAGGCGAAGCCAGAUCCUCAGGUUCUGUUACGGUUGUUGAAGAAAUCAGUGAAGGACAACCUCCUCAAUUCAUAGAAACCAUAAAACCACAAAAAGCAACUACUGGAGAAGUAGUCAUACUGGAAGCAGCUGUAACUGCAGUACCAAAUGCAACAUUCCAGUGGUUCCAUGAAUCCACACCUCUAGAAUCCACACCGGUCACGAGAAUACUAUCUGAAGGAAACAAGUCGAUAUUAUUCAUAAGUGAUGCUACUCCAGAGUUUGCUGGAUCUAUAACUUGCCGAGCUGCUAAUGCAGUUGGCUCAGUUACGUGCACGGCCACCUUGACAGUAAUUGAAGAAAGCGAAUGGGAAGAAACACGAGAAAUAGAGUAUCCCAGAUUCGUCAAACGUUUAUCUCCUAUACGCGUUAUGGAUGGAGAAAAAGUACAGUUCAGUUGUGUAGUCACUGGAAAACCCAUACCCAAAGUACAAUGGUAUCAUAAUGAUAUGCCAGUACAAGAAGCCAAAGAUGUGGUCGUCUCACAGGACACUGAAGGAGUAUGCACGUUAGCUAUUUCGGAAGUUUUCCCUGAAAAUGCUGGAGAGUAUACUUGCAUGGCUGUCAACCGUAUGGGAGAAGCAAUUUGCAAAUCAUCCCUGGUUGUGGAGUCGUAUGAAUAUGUUCCUGAUUCUGAAUUGGGUCAUAUGACUGGUUCUGAAGAAGAUCUUCUAGCUGACAAGACUAUCAGUGAAACAGAUAUCCAGUCUGACAGUGAUGUUGAAUAUGCUCCAAGGAUUGUGAAGAAGCUACCUCAAAUGGUGUCUGCCAAAGAUGGUGACGUCACUAGGUUGGAAGUAAUUGCUGUUGGUAAGCCCAAGCCCGAAGGAAGGUGGCUUAAGCAUGGAGAAGAAAUAGUGCCAUCAAAUGAGUUUGUGAUUGAAAACCUAGAAGAUGGCACUUCUGUUCUAACAAUAUCAGAAGUAUACCCUGACGAUAUUGGACAGAUAGUUUAUGAGGCAUAUAAUCCACUCGGAGUUGCGGUAACAAGUACCGAAUUGAUUGUUGAAACAGUAGAAGGUAUCCUAGGUACCAAAGAAUACCGCAAACCUGAGUGGGUUACACAUAUGGAGGAACUAUCAGCAGCUCUCAAAGGUAAUACCAACAGUAAUUGUUCUUUGCCGCAUGCUUGUUCGUACGAAUUAUCAGCUGACAGCUUAGAAACCAUUCCAAAACCGCAAUCGCGAACAGAGGAAGGUAAGGCAACAACUGCCGUGGAAAGAGAUUCACUCCAACGUUCAACAGCCCAUUCUCACAUUCGCAGACACAGCGAACCACAGGAAAACGAAACAACAAAAGAUGACUUCAUUAAUGUCACCAUGAAAGAUUAUCUCAAUUCCCAUAGACAUUCACUCAGCUCUGUAUUGGAGUUACUAGAUCCACAUUUCUCAAGAAAUGACGAAGAUACCGAAGAAAACGGGCUAGUAGACAAUGAAUCCGUGAUAACUGAAGAUAAAACUUUUAUAGAGAAUCCUAGUCAAUCUGAACCAUUUUAUAUUUUAUCUCCAAUUGAGGAGAAGAGCGAACCAUCUACUAGGAGCAGUAGUCUGAAAGGUAGCAAUAAUGAUUCGGACAGGCGUAGAUACGGGUAUGAGUCAUUAGGAAGGUACUCCAGUUCGUGCAAUGCAAUUUCCUCUGAAACCAUUGAGAUAACAGAGUUGGCCGAGAAAUACAAAACCUUCCCCAGAGUCAAGAAUGACUCGGCUCCCAAAGACUCCGAAUACGAUUUCGAAGAUAACUACACUAUGUUUCCAUUGGAACCCAGGGAGUUGGACCCUAGUGCCUUUUUCCAACUACACACGGCGGACAGUCAAGAAGAGUUGCAAGAAUUCCUCUUAUUAGAAAGUGAAUGCAUGAGCGACAAUAAUAAAGGAUGUGGUUUAGCUUCUGCUUUCGUGUCAUCAGAGGAUAACUCUGCCCACAUCUGUAGUAGCCCUGAAGCUUCUCAAAGUCCUCCUACCUUCAUUCAAGAAAUCACAGACAUUCGUACAACAGAGGCUGAGACAGUCAAAUUCGAAUGUCUGUUUUCUGGAACACCUACUCCAGAUAUAAUAUGGUACCACAACGACCAGAUAUUGAGAAACUCCAAACGGGUCAAGAUACGAAUUGAAGAUAACAAAACUAGUGUAACCAUAAGCGAGGUCAAAGAUGAAGAUGUUGGAACAUUCGUUUGCAAAGCUGUUAGCGAUUUGGGAACGAUCGUUACCAAAGCAAAACUAUAUGUACAAGAAAUUCCCGAAUACAAAAAGAAAGAAAUAAUACUGAGGAAAGCCAAAGAAGAAGAAGAAAAAGUGAAGAAAGAACGCGUGAGGAUAGAAAAGAAGCGAAAGGAGAGAAGAGAAAUGGUCACAACUUCUAGAGAAGACGAACAUAAGCCUCUGGGUAUCACUGAAGUUCAAACAAUCGAAACAACAGAAGAAAUUACCGAAACAACGAAAGAAGCCAGAGCCAAACCAGUUCUGGAUAUCCAAGAACCAUUGAAGACAGAAGCCAUAGCAACAGCAAAGAAGAUUGACGAGCAACUAGAAGAGAUGCCAGAGGAAAAGGCGAAAGAACUAUUAUCUCCAGCUGAAGCAACGUAUUUGGAGGAGAUACUGACAGAAGAGAUAAUUAAAGAUAUUGAAAAAAUAAUUCCAACCACCAGGAAAGCCACUACCACCCUACAACCUGGAGCUUCUCAAGUCGCUGAUAUAACUGAAAUCAAUCUUGAACAAAUCAUAGAAAGAUGCGAGAAGAUCAUAAGAAGUAGCGAACUCAGAAUGGCUAAGGAAGUAACUCAAAUGCUCAAAUUCGUUCGGACCAAAGAGUUCGGACCAGGAGAAAGUCAUCUACGUGAAAUCGCUGAAAUCGGUUACUUACUCAAUAAUGGAAUAACAGUCAAAGAAGUAACUGUCCUCUAUGAUGAGGACAGAUUCCCAUCUCUCAAAUCCCCACAAGCUCAGUCGGCCAUGGUGAAUGUGGUAGAGAGAAAGGGCCAUGGUCCUCUGAUAUCGGAAGUUUUGACACAGGAAACUACAAUUGAUGAGAGCAAACUUGCAGCUACUGUCGGAUUCAGGGCCUUCAUGAAAAUGGUAGAGGCUAAUUACGUAACCAUUGAAGAAGUGAUUGCUAGUUUCACACCUGAAGAUUUCAUUCAACGUUCAUGGGAGUCCACAGAAAUAAUAGAAAUAAAAACAGAAUCACGAGAAAACAGUCUAAGAAGGAAGAUUCAGAGGGUGAAAACCCACGAAGUCGAAGAACACCAAGAGCGCUCAGUUAGACCCAAGAAAAAACAUUCAGUGGAAAUAACUGAAAUCAUUGAAUUAGACUCUGGUAGAGUGAUGACAGACUCUGAAGUUGAACGAGAUUCCGAAGUUGAAAUGACAGAAGAGAUCGAGAAAACUAGAAAAACAAAAAACCAAAUCAAAGCACGAAGACCCCAAACCAGUGAAUAUGAUAUGAAACAAGAAUCCGUUAUAACCCUUGGGCCUUUAGAAAUGCAACCUUCAAAAGAACUUGCUAUGAAUCUACCUUCUGUUCAUUCGGAAGCUAUCAGUUCUGGGGAGGUGGCACGAAUCGAUGAAUUGACAGUGCCUUCUACAGCGAGUGUCGAUAUCAUACCACAUUCAGCCAUCAUUGAGAAACACACGAUUGUCCAAGAGAGUGAAUCAGAGCGCCCUGAGAUAUCUAGUCCUGCAGUUAGAGCUAAAUCGACAAUUGGUGAUAAAGAAGCUAUAGAAAUAUCAGAACAAGAUGUAAAAGAUACUACAGGGUCCUUCGAAAUGAAAUUCAAACCCACAACUUCAACGGCAACUGAAACCAUGGAUUCUGAAGAAGGUGUCUUAAUCCAUGAGAUUUUGCUAGGUGAUACUUCUUCGGACUUUGUUGGACUACAAACAUCUGAAGGAAAAGCAGUCAUCAAAUUAUCGCCCCAAGAAGCAAAACAUAUUUCCGAAACCGAAGUUUCAAUGAGAGAAAUUCCACUCAACAUCCCCCAAAGUGAAACCGUAAAACCACUUAUAAUCCAUAAUACUAGUAUCACUUCGGAAGCAACAGCUUCACAAGAAGUCACUCAUAUAAUAAACGAGGAUGUUAAUAAAUUGACCGCAGAAAUUGAUAUAGUGCCACAUAUUGCAGUAUCAGGAGAAACAACACAAUUGAUAGAAACUGAGAAAGAUCGAGAAGACCAACGGACUUCCACUGCAUCAGCACUGAAAACGCUUGAUACAGUGGAAGCAUUCGAAGUAUCAGAGACAAAUGUACAAAAUUCAGCUCAGAAAUUAGUUGAGAAGGCUACUCCUACCAGCUUUCAAGUUUCUUCCGAUUUCAUACCCAAUGAGGGAAUAUCAAUACAAGAAUAUAACCUCGAUGAUACUUCUUCUGACUUCGUUAAACCACAAACAUUCGAAGACAAAGCAGUUCUACAACUGACACCUCAAGAAGCUAAACACAUUUCUGAAACCGAAGUUUCAAUGAGAGAGACUCCUCUCAAUAUUCCUCAAAAACAAACCGUGAAACCGCUCAUAAUCCACAAUACCAGUAUAACUUCUGAGGCCACAACUUCUCAAGAGAUAUCUCAUAUGAACGAGAGUUUCCAAAAGUUGAACGCAGAAAUUGAUAUAGUACCGCAUACAGCGGUGUCUGGAGAAACAACGCAAGUAAUCGAAACUGAAAGAGACAGAGAAGACGUACAUGCUUCAACUGCAUCAGCAAUGAAAACAUUUGAUACAGUCGAAGCAUUUGAAGUAUCAGAGACUAGUGUGCAGAAUUCAGCUGGGGAAUUAUUCGAGAAGGCUACUCCCAGCGGUUCACAAGCUCUACAAGAAUUCAUUCCAAAUGAAGGAAUAAUGAUACAAGAAUACAAUCUAGAUCAUACUUCUUCUGACCUCAUCAAACAACAAACGUUUGAAGACAGAGCAGUACUCCAACUCACACCUCAAGAAGCUAAAAAUAUCUCGGAAAUCGAAGUUUCAAUGAGAGAAAUUCCCCUGGAUAUUCCUCAUAAAGAAGCAGUGACACCGCUCAUGAUCCACAAUACCAGUAUCACUUCUGAAGCAACAGUUUCCCAAGAAGUACCUCAUAUAAACGAGAGCGUACAGAAGUUGAGCGCAGAUAUCGAUAUAGUGCCACAUACAGCGGUAUCAGGUGAAACAACACAAGCGAUCGACACUGAAAAAGAAAGAGAAUAUGUGCAAGCUUCAACUGCAUCAGCAAUGAAAAUUUUCGAUACAGUCGAAGCAUUUGAAGUAUCAGAGACUAGCGUGCAAAACUUAACUGAGCAGUUAAUUGAAAAAAAUACUCCUAGCGGCUCACAAGCUCUGCUGGAAUUCAUACCGAAUGAAGGAAUAUCUGUACAGGAAUAUAAUCUUGGUGAUGUACCUUCUGACAUAUAUGAAUCACAAAAAAUAGAGAACUCAGCUCACGUAACUCUACAACAACAAGAAGCGACAAACAUUUUAGAGAUACAGGCGUCUCAACAUGAACAGUCCCUUGAAGAUUUCAUCAAACCCAAAGGAAUAUUUGCUGGAGGGUCAUUCUCUACUAAGGAAAGUGUAAAUGUCGAAGAAGUCAAUCAAGCUAUAUUCGAAGGGGAACUGGAAAUUGUGAAAAACGUAACGAUCUCACCGAAAUAUAAAAUCGAUUCGAGAGAACCUUUGAUUGUCGAGGAAGUAUUAGCAGAAAUUAAGCCUGGUAAGCAUCUUCCUGAAUCAUUUGUUCCGACAGAAGUUGCAACACGAAAGUUCAUUUCUCAACAUUCAUUAUUCCAAUCAGAAAUGGUUGCUCCAGAACUGGAGAGUGAGUACGUACCAGGUAGAUUACCACCAAUGCAGACGGCAAGUCCUGCAAUGAAUGUUGAUUCAAGUCUGAUUGUGUCCCAAAUAGAUAUAUCCGAAAAAGAACAAGUUUUAGAAAAGACAGACUUGGUUGAUACGGCAAAUGCAAUAGUCAACUUGGCAAUAUCAGAAGGAGUUUCAGUAACAGUGACCGAUUCGCAGGCACCACAAAAUGAUAUCGUUUCUGAAAUUAUCCAACCCCAAAAUCUUACCGUGGAGAUGUCACCAAUGGAAUCGAUCAUAUCGCAGAUUGUCUUACCAAACGAAUCUGAAAAUACCUAUGAACAAUCAGAAGUAGAUACUAAAAAUGCACAAACAUCAUUCACGUUUUUAGAAACAAGCAGCAAAUCUGUCACCUUCACCCACGAUUCAGAAGAUGUCCUACCAGAUGAUAUAAAACCAACCAAAAUUACCGUGAAGCCAACUAUAUCUCCGAAUGAACCAAUUACAGUUGAGGAAACUGAAUCCAGUAUUAUCCCAGUGGAUUUUAAGGAUUCUUUCAAACCAAAUACAGAAGUAGCUUCUACUAAUAUCCAGACUCAGGAGUCCACUAGUGUUAUCGAAACACAUGCAGGAGAAAGAGAAGAAAGUUAUGUUCAACAACAAAGAGAAUACAUAACAUUGAAACAUUCUUUGGGUAGACCACAAGAUCAAGUUGAAGUCUCAGAGUCACAAAUUUUUGAAAGCGAAAGUAAUUUGAAUCCAUUCGAUUUACCAGAGACUCGGAAAGGAAAACAGGUUAUCCUCAAUUUAUUACCUACUGGUGUUACUGAAGAAACGGCAGUUGAACACAGCCUAGCAGAAUUUGAAAUUGAAAAAAUUGCUGAGGAUACAGCAAAAUAUAAACAGUCACUGCAAAGCCAGAUCAUCGUUUCAGAAACUGUGGCUAAUGAAGACACAGAUGAAAUUACUACACAAGUUUCAGAAAGUAAGCAAGCUGCGACCACUCUCUCUCCUAAAGAAGCUAUCAAUGUACUUGAGGUUCACGUACAAGAUAAGGAGAAACAACAUAAACCUGAUCAGAAACCUGAGACAAUGCUUGCAACAUUAGAUAUCGAUAGUAAACAAGUAGCUAAUAAAUCUGUUGUUCACCAUCACGACACCACUGGUAAACUAGACAUAAAUAUUCCUUCUGAAGCUAUAGCGAUAUCGGAACAAGAAGCAUUUCAAACUUUGCAAAUACUAGAGCAUGAAACAGGUGAGAAGGAAUCUGCACAUACGGAAAUGCAACCAGAUUUGAAAACAGCUCGAAUGGAUUUAUCAGAAACACUUACUGGGGCCAACGUGUCACAAAUAUUAACUAAUGAAAAAGAGAAUAUUUAUGAAGAUCAACCUAAGCCUCUGCAACUAUUAGCUUCGUUGGCAAUGAAUACAUACGAAAGUAUCGUAACUUCUGAAGUCGAAAGUGCUGUACAGGCAGAUAUAAUCGAAGAAGAAGAAAUAAUUACAGGAAGAGCUAAGAAAUAUGCUAGACCUCACACUGAACUCAUAGUAACAGAAACGAAUGUAACAGAAAUUGAAAAAACAUUGGAAUCUGACAUAUUUCCAUACGAGAAACAGGCAAACAUAGAAUUAUUGCCAGGAGAAUCGUUGUCAGUCACUCAAAUAGUUGCAGAUGAUAGAGAAGUAGAAUUGAAAUCAGAAGAUGUCGAAAAAACAUCAGCACAUAUCGGAAUAAAUGAAAAUCGAGUUGCUGUUAAUGAGCAAACUCAAGCGAAUGAUUUACCAGCAGAGCUGGAAAAACUCUCUCCCGAAAGUUUCAGUGCGUUCUCUAGUCAAGAUUUAUCACACUCCAUAGUACAAACGGAAAUUACACCUGGCGAAAAAGAAUCGGAUAAAUCAACUGAUAUAAUGCCAGAUAAACAACAGGGAAAUUUAACUUUCACUGAAACUGAAAGUUUGAAAGUAACUGAGAUAAAUAUUGAUGAGCGGGAAAGUAUUCUACCGCAGAAGUCAACGCCACACCCUGUAGAAGGGAAACCUUCGAUAGAAUCUCUCACUUCAGCAUUAACUGAACAGGUAUUGGCAGGCGAUUGCGUGGAGAAUAUUGAGACCGUUGGAUAUAUAUCAGAAAAAGCUAAAUCGGAUCGUAUCCCGAUAAAUACCUUCAUGAUAACCGAACCAAUGGUGAUGGAAAUAGAAAGUGAUCUUAAUGAAGUACAACCAGCAAACAGAAGAGCUACUACUGAAUAUGACGAAGCACAAGGUUUGUACGUAACUAGUGUAACAUCAGGUUUGAAAGAAGGCAACAUUCAAAAAGAAGCUCCUUUGUUCGAAACGGCAGAAACGUCAUCUCUCCCUCAGGAAGUGAUCGAAAUAAAGGAAACUAUGGUACAUGAAACGAUAAAAGAACUCCCAACGGAAUCAAGAACUACAUUUUCAGCGACCCAAAAACGUUCUGAGCAUCAUAGUCUGAUAACUGUGGAAGCCAUUUCGAAUGAAUCAGAAGAGCCAAUAGAAGAAAGAAGAGCAGCUCCCAUGCAAAUGGCAGGUGUAGAAUUUGAAAAUUACAUAUCCGCGCAAAUCUCACAAACGACACCAUCAGAAAAAGAAAAUACCUGUACGUUGAACGAAGCGUUGGAUUCAAAAACUGCUACAAUUUCUUUGUCAGUACAGCCAGUUGCUGAAAGUAGUGAGACCGUCUCACAAGAUACUACAAGUGAUUUCACCAGUGAACAUUUUUCUUUUGCUGAGGCGAAAACAGGUCAGUCACUUCUUGACAGUGUCAUCCGAACAGAAGCUUUUGUUCAAGAGAGUCACGGUACAUUGGUAACUGAAGAAAUGGAAACAAAAGAUGCAGAAAUAGAUAUACUCGAGGACCGUAGCAUAAGCGUUAUGGAAACCAUGAGUAGCGAGAAGGAAUCAAUCCUAGAAGUGAAUGUGAAACCAACUGAAAUGCAAGCUUCGGUUGAAAUCGUUUGCCAUGAAAUUCCUAUGAAUACUGAAACGCAAACAAUCGACACAAUCGUAGAUAUUGUCGAGCAGGAAUCAACAAAAUUUUCAGCACAUUCAGAAAUUUCUCCUUUACCAACAGCUAUCAAACAGGAACUGAUACUUCCUGAGCAAGAGCAGGUUUUAUUAGACGCACAAAAACCUAGUUUCAAACAAGGGUCCGUUAACGUGAAUAUAGGGGAAGGUUUAUCGGUGGAAUCUGUUAUUGUACACGAUAAAGAAUCAGAAUAUUCAGAGAAACCUCUGAUGGAAGCGUAUGCGGAAAGAAAUAUUGGUGGUAGUAUGACUGUCGUUUCGCAAACACAAACUAGCGUUGAGUAUGAUCUGGGAGAUAUGAAGCAAAUCAUCCCAGAUGAAGUCAAAGCAGUCGAAUCAACUAGCUUGUUCGAUUCAGCUGUUGUUUCGGAACAACCGAUACUAGACAAGGAAACCACUUUAGUCGUAACCAGUAAUCAAAACGAAUCAUCAGCAACCGUCGCCUUUGAAGUAGCACAAACUGUCUCAACAACUGAAGCUACACUGGUAGAUAGAGAAGAUGUUCUGAAUGAAUUUGAAUUGCCAGAUUCAAAAUCUGCGCAAUUUUCCAUAGAUGUUUCAAGAAAAAUUGCUGAACGAAACGUGGCUGACGUAUCCGAGAACAUCAACUAUCACAAAAUGGCAGAAAUGCCUAAAGAGGCAAAAGCAACUGAGGGUGAAGAAUCAUUGAAUAGUUUAAUCGUCACCGAGAGCAUGGCUGAGGACAAAGAAACUAGUUUUGUUGGUAAGUUCGAGCCGAUAACUAGUCAGGCGUCUGUCACUUUAGAACAAAAAACUCAGAGUUUAAACGUAACAGAGAUAGUGAUACCAGACAAAGAGGCAGAUUUAGAUAGUUUUAGACUUCCAACUGAACAGAAUGCCAGCAUUGAGUUGGAUACCAUAAGACUGCCUGAAAGUACGGUAGCUCAAGUGGAAGAUCAUCUAGGAAAUUUACAAACCACAAAAACUCUCUCUUCUGAAGCAAGCAUCGCACAUGUGCCGUAUCAAGAAUUAAUUGAAACUCAGGUUCAAGUUCAGGAAAAGGAAUAUAUUUACGAGAACGGUCCUGAAUUUACUAGAAAAAAUGCAGAAUGCAUAGUUGAAGGCACCAAUGCUAUAUCAACAACAGAAAUAGUGCCCGUGGAGGUUGAAACAACCUUCGAAAGUUCGGUACUACCUGAGUCAUCAAUAGCACAAACGACGGUAUCAACUAAUAAGAGUUCUGUUAUUACAGAAAUUCUGCCGAACAUGCAUAUCGAUGAGCUAGAUAUCGAAAAAUUCAGAACUGCUACAGCUCAAUCAGAUUAUGACAUCUCAGAGAGUUUGGUUCAGAGCACACCUCUAGUGAUAGACAAUAUAUCGAGUCUCGAAGACAUGAAAAAACAUGAUGGGAUGCAAGCUCAAAAAACAAUUGAUAUGUCAUCAGAAGUAACGGUGAGCGAAGUAUAUCCAGAGGCAAUAUCAGAAAAUUUAGUUACUCAAGAGGGCAAACAUGAAUCAGCAGCUUCUAAUAUUCAGGGUAGUAGCGCAAUUGUGGUUUCUGAAACAAUGGUGUCCGAACAUUCAUCUGAUUUAGUUUCAACAGAUGUACCAUUAUCAAAUAUCAAGGUACAUACAGAUGCUUUUGAUUCUCUGAUAUUAACUGAGAAUUUAAUACAUGAAUCCGAGGGUAUAAUGGAUAUUCAAGCUGGAAAUUUGAGACAGGCCGAACGAACUAUAAGCCAAGCAACGUCGAUAAAUGUAUUUCAAGUGAUUGGUCAGGAUUCUGAAUCUCCAUUCAUAGAAAAACCUUCUCAAGGAGAAAAAUCUUCAAUUGAUGUACUACCUAAUACGGCUUUAGGACAAUCCGAAGUUAUUGCACAAGAUGGUAUCAGACCAUUAAAUGUUGUAACACCAAUUGAAGAAACAGCAGCAGCGACUCAGAUGAAAUCUGCAUGUUUGGUUGUAACAGCCAAUGAAUUUCAUGAAAAAGAAGGACAUUUUGAAAAAACACCUAAUGAUGAAAAAUAUAUCAAUGUCGAUUAUUCACCAGAAGAGAGUAUAUCCGUAUCAGAAACAGUAGCAAAUGAAUCGGAGAAUGUACUUUUGGAUACAAUUAUCAGUAAGACAACCGCCGAACAGGUAAUAGCUCCACUUGAAGCAACUGAGGUAACAGAAACAAAAUCCGAGGAAGAUUUGUUAGAAAUGAAUCCUGAGCUAGCACAAGAAAGCCAAGCACAACAAGGUCACAUUCCACAUUCCUCACUUGAUAUUACUGAAACUACCAUCACAGAAAAAGAAACUGCUUUCGAUAAAGUAGUUCAAGAAGGAAAAUCUGCAGAGAUUUCUUUGGAAGAACCAAGAAAAGCAGUAUCAACUCUGCAAAUAAGGACAAAUCAAGAAGAAGUUGCCGUUGAUUUUGAACAUGAGAUCACUAGAACUGCAGAUACUAAAUUUUCAGAGCACAGAGUGUUCCAACAGGAAGAUAUCGAUAUAAUGGACAGCUUAGGAAACUUAAAGAUAGGUAAAUUCGAUGUACCCCAACAGGCUACAUCUCAGAGGGAUAUACAAGAGGGGAUAACGGAAACAAAUGUUUUAUUACAAGGUAAUACCGAAACAAUCAUUUUAUCGACUCCUCCUUACAAAAUGGCAAACGUUGAUCUAAUAGUUCAAGAAGGCAUAACGGUUACAGAUAUAACAGUGCUUGGGAAAACGGGUACUGAAAUCGAAGAAUCAUCAGCAAUAGAGACAACAGCUCGUAAGGAACUAGACGAUCAGAAAUUCAUUGUUAUCAAUGAAGAAAAUAUACCACUUCAGAGUCACGAUGUCAUAAUGCCAGAAAAAUUCAAAACUACUAGAGGUCAACUUGGUUAUGCUGAUUUUCCUCAUCGUGAAUUAACUAUAACUGAGCAAAUGCCAAGCGAAAAUUUGGAAUUCAUUGAAUAUGAAGAACCUACUUCAAGAAAUGUAAAGAUUGUUGUGGAUGCAUUAUCUGCAAGUCUGCAAAUAAGUGAGAUCAUUCCACAAGAACAGGAAGGCACACUGGAUGAAACAGCAACACAUACAACACAAGCCAGAUUUACACAUACAACUCCACUAUUGAACAUGGCAGGACACCAAAUCACAGAUAUUUUACAAACCACAGAUUCGGAAGACUUUGUGACAUGUAUAGAAUCAAAGACGAACAAGCAGAAAGAAGAACAAUCAGUCUUUUUGGUAGAAGAAUUUCCAGAAGAAGUGGAAGUUACCCAGAUUAAGACAGGAGAAGGCAAGAAAACUAAACGUGUUACGAAGAAGAGACUUAUAAAAGAGAAGGAAGAUGGCAAACUAGAAAAAACUGAGAUCGAAAUUGUACAAGAGGAAGGUGAAGCACCUGAAACUAUAGUUACUGUUGUGGAAAUUGACGGUUCUCAAGAAGAAGAGCUAGCCCUCUCAGUUGAAGAACUUCCAGAAGAAGUGGAAGCUGUAGAAAUAGUGACAGAUGGAAGCAAGAAAUCCAGACGUGUUACUAAGAAGAGAGUCAUCAAAGGAGUAAAAGAUGGUGAACAAGAACAAACAGAAACCAUUAUCGUCGAAGAAGUAGCACCUGAAACUGUAGUGGAACUUGAAGGUCCACAGGAAGAAGAACCAUCCUUUGUGGUAGAAGUCCCAGAAGAAGAACAAGUUAUUACUCAGAUCGUGACCGAUGAAGGUAAGAAAUCGAAACGAGUUACAAAGAAGAGAGUCAUCAAAAGGACAAAGGAUGGAAAACAAGAACAAACUGAAACCGUUACUAUCGAAGAGGAGGGAGAAGCACCCAAAACUACAGUCACUGUUGUGGAACUAGAAGUUCCGGAAGAAGAAAAACCAUCCUUGGCGGAACAACUCCCAGAAGAAGAAGAAGUUACCCAGAUCGUGACUGAUGAAGGUAAGAAAACCAAACGUGUUACAAAGAAGAGAGUCAUCAAGAGGGAAAAACAUGGCAAACAAGAACAAAUUGAAACUGUUACAGUCGAAGUAGAAGGAGAAGCACCAAAAACUACAGUCACUGUUGUGGAACUUGAAGGUCCGCAAGAAGAAGAACCUUCCAUAUUGGUGGAGCAACUCCCAGAAGAAAUAGAGGAAGUUACUCAGGUUGUGAUUAAUGAAGGUAAGAAAACCAAGCGUACUACAAAGAGAGUCAUCAAAAGAGAAAAAGAUGGCAAAGAAAAACAAACUGAAACCGUUACUGUCGAAGAGGAAGGAGAAACACCCGAAACUACAGUCACUGUUGUGGAACUUGAAGGUCCGCAACAAGAAUUGCCUGAGGAAGUUCAGGUAUCAGAAGUAAUAUCAGAUGGGAAAUCAAGAAAACGAGUUACGAAAAAACGAGUCAUCAAGAAGCUGAAGGAUGGAAAACAGGAAAAAACUGAAAUUUUGACUGUAGAAGAAGAUGGAAAGGAACCAGAAACAACAGUGACGGUAGAAGAAUCAUUGGUUCCAGAUGAACUCCUCAUAGAGGAACCUACGUACACUGUAGAAGAAUUGCCUGAGGAAGUUCAGGUAUCAGAAGUAAUAUCAGAUGGGGAAUCAAGAAAACGAGUUACAAAAAAACGAGUCAUUAAGAAGGUGAAAGAUGGAAAACAGGAAAAAACUGAAAUUACGACUGUAGAAGUAGAAGGAAUGGAACCAGAAACAACAGUGACGGUAGAAGAAUCAUUGGUUCCAGAUGAAUUCCUCAUAGAGAAACCUACGUACACUGUAGAAGAAUUGCCUGAGGAAGUUCAGGUAUCAGAAGUUAUAUCAGAUGGUAAAUCAAGAAAACGAGUUACGAAAAAACGAGUCAUCAAGAAGCUGAAAGAUGGAAAACAGGAAAAAACUGAAAUUUUGACUCUAGAAGAAGAAGGAAAGGAACCAGAAACAACAGUGACGGUAGAAGAAUCAUUGGUUCCAGAUGAACUCCUCAUAGAGAAACCUACGUACACUGUAGAAGAAUUGCCUGAAGAAGUUCAGGUAUCAGAAGUAAUAUCAGAUGGGAAAUCAAGAAAACGAGUUACGAAAAAACGAGUCAUCAAGAAGCUGAAGGAUGGAAAACAGGAAAAAACUGAAAUUUUGACUCUAGAAGAAGAAGGAAAGGAACCAGAAACAACAGUUACGGUAGAAGAAUCAUUGGUUCCAGAUGAACUCCUCAUAGAGAAACCUACGUACACUGUAGAAGAAUUGCCUGAGGAAGUUCAGGUAUCAGAAGUAAUGUCAGAUGGGAAAUCAAGAAAACGAGUUACGAAAAAACGAGUGAUUAAGAAGGUGAAGGAUGGAAAACAGGAAAAAACUGAAAUUAUGACUGUAGAAGAAGAAGGAAAGGAACCAGAAACAACAGUUACGGUAGAAGAAUCAUUGGUUCCAGAUGAACUCCUCAUAGAGAAACCUACGUACACUGUAGAUGAAUUGCCUGAGGAAGUUCAGGUAUCAGAAGUUAUAUCAGAUGGUAAAUCAAGAAAACGAGUUACGAAAAAACGAGUCAUCAAGAAGCUGAAGGAUGGAAAACAGGAAAAAACUGAAAUUUUGACUCUAGAAGAAGAAGGAAAGGAACCAGAAACAACAGUGACGGUAGAAGAAUCAUUGGUUCCAGAUGAACUCCUCAUAGAGAAACCUACGUACACUGUAGAAGAAUUGCCUGACGAAGUUCAGGUAUCAGAAGUAAUGUCAGAUGGGAAAUCAAGAAAACGAGUUACGAAAAAACGAGUGAUUAAGAAGGUGAAGGAUGGAAAACAGGAAAAAACUGAAAUUAUGACUGUAGAAGAGGAAGGAAAGGAACCAGAAACAACAGUGACGAUAGAACAAUCAUUGGUUCCAGAUGAACUCCUCAUUGAGAAACCUACGUACACUGUAGAAGAAUUGCCUGAGGAAGUUCAGGUAUCAGAAGUAAUCUCAGAUGGGAAAUCAAGAAAACGAGUUACGAAAAAACGAGUCAUCAAGAAGGUGAAGGAUGGAAAACAGGAAAAAACUGAAAUUAUGACUGUAGAAGAAGAAGGAAAGGAACCAGAAACAACAGUUACGGUAGAAGAAUCAUUGGUUCCAGAUGAACUCCUCAUAGAGAAACCUACGUACACUGUAGAAGAAUUGCCUGAGGAAGUUCAGGUAUCAGAAGUAAUGUCAGAUGGGAAAUCAAGAAAACGAGUUACGAAAAAACGAGUGAUUAAGAAGGUGAAGGAUGGAAAACAGGAAAAAACUGAAAUUAUGACUGUAGAAGAAGAAGGAAAGGAACCAGAAACAACAGUUACGGUAGAAGAAUCAUUGGUUCCAGAUGAACUCCUCAUUGAGAAACCUACGUACACUGUAGAAGAAUUGCCUGAGGAAGUUCAGGUAUCAGAAGUAAUGUCAGAUGGGAAAUCAAGAAAACGAGUUACGCAAAAACGAGUGAUUAAGAAGGUGGAGGAUGGAAAACAGGAGAAAACUGAAAUUAUGACUGUAGAAGAGGAAGGAAAGGAACCAGAAACAACAGUGACGAUAGAAGAAUCAUUGGUUCCAGAUGAACUCCUCAUUGAGAAACCUACGUACACUGUAGAAGAAUUGCCUGAGGAAGUUCAGGUAUCAGAAGUAAUCUCAGAUGGGAAAUCAAGAAAACGAGUUACGAAAAAACGAGUGAUUAAGAAGGUGAAGGAUGGAAAACAGGAAAAAACUGAGAUUAUGACUGUAGAAGAAGAAGGAAAGGAACCAGAAACAACAGUUACGGUAGAAGAAUCAUUGGUUCCAGAUGAACUCCUCAUAGAGAAACCUACGUACACUGUAGAAGAAUUGCCUGAGGAAGUUCAGGUAUCAGAAGUUAUAUCAGAUGGUAAAUCAAGAAAACGAGUUACGAAAAAACGAGUCAUCAAGAAGCUGAAGGAUGGAAAACAGGAAAAAACUGAAAUUUUGACUCUAGAAGAAGAAGGAAAGGAAUCAGAAACAACAGUGACGGUAGAAGAAUCAUUGGUUCCAGAUGAACUCCUCAUAGAGAAACCUAUGUACACUGUAGAAGAAUUGCCUGAAGAAGUUCAGGUAUCAGAAGUAAUGUCAGAUGGGAAAUCAAGAAAACGAGUUACGAAAAAACGAGUGAUUAAGAAGGUGAAGGAUGGAAAACAGGAAAAAACUGAAAUUAUGACUGUAGAAGAGGAAGGAAAGGAACCAGAAACAACAGUGACGAUAGAAGAAUCAUUGGUUCCAGAUGAACUCCCCAUUGAGAAACCUACGUACACUGUAGAAGAAUUGCCUGAGGAAGUUCAGGUAUCAGAAGUAAUCUCAGAUGGGAAAUCAAGAAAACGAGUUACGAAAAAACGAGUCAUCAAGAAGGUGAAGAAUGGAAAACAGGAAAAAACUGAAAUUAUGACUGUAGAAGAAGAAGGAAAGGAACCAGAAACAACAGUGACGGUAGAAGAAUCAUUGGUUCCAGAUGAACUCCUCAUAGGGAAACCUACGUACACUGUAGAAGAAUUGCCUGAGGAAGUUCAGGUAUCAGAAGUAAUGUCAGAUGGAAAAUCAAGAAAACGAGUUAUGAAAAAACGAGUGAUUAAGAAGGUGAAGGAUGGAAAACAGGAAAAAACUGAAAUUAUGACUGUAGAAGAAGAAGGAAAGGAACCAGAAACAACAGUUACGGUAGAAGAAUCAUUGGUUCCAGAUGAACUCCUCAUUGAGAAACCUACGUACACUGUAGAAGAAUUGCCUGAGGUAGUUCAGGUAUCAGAAGUAAUCUCAGAUGGGAAAUCAAGAAAACGAGUUACGAAAAAACGAGUCAUCAAGAAGGUGAAGGAUGGAAAACAGGAAAAAACUGAAAUUAUGACUGUAGAAGAAGAAGGAAAGGAACCAGAAACAACAGUGACGGUAGAAGAAUCAUUGGUUCCAGAUGAACUCCUCAUAGAGAAACCUAUGUACACUGUAGAAGAAUUGCCUGAGGAAGUUCAGGUAUCAGAAGUAAUAUCAGAUGGAAAAUCAAGAAAACGAGUUACAAAAAAACGAGUCAUCAAGAAGGUGAAGGAUGGAAAACAGGAAAAAACUGAAAUUUUGACUGUAGAAGAAGAAGGAAAGGAACCAGAAACAACAGUGACGGUAGAAGAAUCAUUGGUUCCAGAUGAACUCCUCAUAGAGAAACCUACAUACACUGUAGAAGAAUUGCCUGAGGAAGUUCAGGUAUCAGAAGUAAUCUCAGAUGGGAAAUCAAGAAAACGAGUUACAAAAAAAAGUGUGAUUAAGAAGGAGAAGGAUGGAAAACAGGAAAAAACUGAAAUAAUGACUGUAGAAGAAGAAGGAAAGAAACCAGAAACAACAGUGACGGUAGAAGAAUCAUUGGUUCCAGAUGAACUCCUCAUAGGGAAACCUACGUACACUGUAGAAGAAUUGCCUGAGGAAGUUCAGGUAUCAGAAGUAAUGUCAGAUGGAAAAUCAAGAAAACGAGUUAUGAAAAAACGAGUGAUUAAGAAGGUGAAGGAUGGAAAACAGGAAAAAACUGAAAUUAUGACUGUAGAAGAAGAAGGAAAGGAACCAGAAACAACAGUUACGGUAGAAGAAUCAUUGGUUCCAGAUGAACUCCUCAUUGAGAAACCUACGUACACUGUAGAAGAAUUGCCUGAGGUAGUUCAGGUAUCAGAAGUAAUCUCAGAUGGGAAAUCAAGAAAACGAGUUACGAAAAAACGAGUCAUCAAGAAGGUGAAGGAUGGAAAACAGGAAAAAACUGAAAUUAUGACUGUAGAAGAAGAAGGAAAGGAACCAGAAACAACAGUGACGGUAGAAGAAUCAUUGGUUCCAGAUGAACUCCUCAUAGAGAAACCUACGUACACUGUAGAAGAAUUGCCUGAGGAAGUUCACGUAUCAGAAGUAAUAUCAGAUGGGAAAUCAAGAAAACGAGUUACAAAGAAACGAGUCAUCAAGAAGGUGAAGGAUGGAAAACAGGAAAAAACUGAAAUUAUGACUGUAGAAGAAGAAGGAAAGGAACCAGAAACAACAGUGACGGUAGAAGAAUCAUUGGUUCCAGAUGAACUCCUCAUAGAGAAACCUACAUACACUGUAGAAGAAUUGCCUGAGGAAGUUCAGGUAUCAGAAGUAAUCUCAGAUGGGAAAUCAAGAAAACGAGUUACAAAAAAAAGUGUGAUUAAGAAGGAGAAGGAUGGAAAACAGGAAAAAACUGAAAUAAUGACUGUAGAAGAAGAAGGAAAGAAACCAGAAACAACAGUGACGGUAGAAGAAUCAUUGGUUCCAGAUGAACUCCUCAUAGAGAAACCUACAUACACUGUAGAAGAAUUGCCUGAGGAAGUUCAGGUAUCAGAAGUAAUAUCAGAUGGGAAAUCAAGGAAACGAGUUACGAAAAAACGAGUCAUCAAGAAGGUGAAGGAUGGAAAACAGGAAAAAACUGAAAUUAUGACUGUAGAAGAAGAAGGAAAGGAACCAGAAACAACAGUGACGGUAGAAGAAUCAUUGGUUCCAGAUGAGCUCCUCAUAGAGGAACCUACAUACACUGUAGAAGAAUUGCCUGGGGAAGUUCAGGUAUCAGAAGUAAUAUCAGAUGAGAAAUCAAGAGAACGAGUUACGAAAAAACGAGUGAUUAAGAAGGUGAAGGAUGGAGAACAGGAAAAAACUGAAAUUAUGACUGUAGAAGAAGAAGGAAAGGAACCAGAAACAACAGUGACGGUAGAAGAAUCAUUGGUUUCAGAUGAACUCCUCAUAGAGAAACCUACAUACACUGUAGAAGAAUUGCCUGAGGAAGUUCAGGUAUCAGAAGUAAUAUCAGAUGGGAAAUCAAGAAAACGAGUUACGAAAAAACGAGUCAUCAAGAAGGUGAAGGAUGGAAAACAGGAAAAAACUGAAAUAAUGACUGUAGAAGAAGAAGGAAAGGAACCAGAAACAACAGUGACGGUAGAAGAAUCAUUGGUUCCAGAUGAACUCCUCAUAGAGAAACCUACGUACACUGUAGAAGAAUUUCCUGGAGAAGUUCAGGUAUCAGAAGUAAUAUCAGAUGGGAAAUCAAGAAAACGAGUUACGAAAAAACGAGUCAUCAAGAAGGUGAAGGAUGGAAAACAGGAAAAAACUGAAAUUAUGACUGUAGAAGAAGAGGGAAAGAAACCAGAAACAACAGUGACGGUAGAAGAAUCAUUGGUUCCAGAUGAACUCCUCAUAGAUAAACCUACGUACACUGUAGAAGAAUUUCCUGAAGAAGUUCAGGUAUCAGAAGUAAUAUCAGAUGGGAAAUCAAGAAAGCGGGUGACGAAAAAACGAGUUAUUAAGAAAGUAAAAGAUGGAAAACAAGAAAAAACCGAAAUUAUGACUGUAGAAGAAGAGGGAAAGAAACCAGAAACAACAGUGACUGUAGAAGAAUCAUUGAUUCCAGAUGAACUCCUCAUAGAGAAACCUACGUACACUGUGGAAGAAUUGCCUGAGGAAGUUCAGGUAUCAGAAGUAAUAUCAGAUGGGAAAUCAAGAAAACGAGUUACGAAAAAACGAGUCAUCAAGAAGGUGAAGGAUGGAAAACAGGAAAAAACUGAAAUUAUGACUGUAGAAGAAGAAGGAAAGGAACCAGAAACAACAGUGACGGUAGAAGAAUCAUGGGUUCCAGAUGAACUCCUUAUAGAGAAACCUACAUACACUGUAGAAGAAUUGCCUGAGGAAGUUCAGGUAUCAGAAGUAAUCUCAGAUGGGAAAUCAAGAAAACGAGUUACGAAAAAACGAGUCAUCAAGAAGGUGAAGGAUGGAAAACAGGCAAAAACUGAAAUUAUGACUGUAGAAGAAGAAGGAAAGGAACCAGAAACAACAGUGACGGUAGAAGAAUCAUUGGUUCCAGAUGAACUCCUCAUAGAUAAACCUACGUACACUGUAGAAGAAUUUCCUGAAGAAGUUCAGGUAUCAGAAGUAAUAUCAGAUGGGAAAUCAAGAAAGCGGGUGACGAAAAAACGAGUUAUUAAGAAAGUAAAAGAUGGAAAACAAGAAAAAACCGAAAUUAUGACUGUAGAAGAAGAGGGAAAGAAACCAGAAACAACAGUAACUGUAGAAGAAUCAUUGAUUCCAGAUGAACUCCUCAUAGAGAAACCUACGUACACUGUGGAAGAAUUGCCUGAGGAAGUUCAGGUAUCAGAAGUAAUAUCAGAUGGGAAAUCAAGAAAACGAGUUACGAAAAAACGAGUCAUCAAGAAGGUGAAGGAUGGAAAACAGGAAAAAACUGAAAUUAUGACUGUAGAAGAAGAAGGAAAGGAACCAGAAACAACAGUGACGGUAGAAGAAUCAUUGGUUCCAGAUGAACUCCUUAUAGAGAAACCUACAUACACUGUAGAAGAAUUGCCUGAGGAAGUUCAGGUAUCAGAAGUAAUAUCAGAUGAGAAAUCAAGAAAACGAGUUACGAAAAAACGAGUCAUCAAGAAGGUGAAGGAUGGAAAACAGGAGAAAACUGAAAUUAUGACUGUAGAAGAAGAAGGAAAGGAACCAGAAACAACAGUGACGGUAGAAGAAUCAUUCGUUCCAGAUGAACUCCUCAUAGCGGAACCUACAUACACUGUAGAAGAAUUGCCGGAGGAAGUUCAGGUAUCAGAAGUAAUCUCAGAUGGGAAAUCAAGAAAACGAGUUACGAAAAAACGAGUCAUCAAGAAGGUGAAGGAUGGAAGACAGGAAAAAACUGAAAUUAUGACUGUAGAAGAAGAUGGAAAGGAACCAGAAACAACAGUGACGGUAGAAGAAUCAUUGGUUCCAGAUGAACUCCUCAUAGAGAAACCUACGUACACUGUAGAAGAAUUUCCUGAAGAAGUUCAGGUAUCAGAAGUAAUAUCAGAUGGGAAAUCAAGAAAGCGGGUGACGAAAAAACGAGUUAUCAAGAAAGUAAAAGAUGGAAAACAAGAAAAAACCGAAAUUAUGACUGUAGAAGAAGAGGGAAAGAAACCAGAAACAACAGUGACUGUAGAAGAAUCAUUGAUUCCAGAUGAACUCCUCAUAGAGAAACCUACGUACACUGUAGAAGAAUUGCCUGAGGAAGUUCAGGUAUCAGAAGUAAUAUCAGAUGGGAAAUCAAGUAAACGACUUACGAAAAAACGAGUCAUCAAGAAGGUGAAGGAUGGAAAACAGGAAAAAACUGAAAUACUGACUGUAGAAGAAGAAGGAAAGGAACCUGAAACAACAGUGACGGUAGAAGAAUCAUUGGUUCCAGAUGAACUCCUCAUAGGGAAACCUACGUACACUGUAGAAGAAUUGCCUGAGGAAGUUCAGGUAUCAGAAGUAAUAUCAGAUGGAAAAUCAAGAAAACGAGUUACGAAAAAACGAGUCAUCAAGAAGGUGAAGGAUGGAAGACAGGAAAAAACUGAAAUUAUGACUGUAGAAGAAGAUGGAAAGGAACCAGAAACAACAGUGACGGUAGAAGAAUCAUUGGUUCCAGAUGAACUCCUCAUAGAGAAACCUACGUACACUGUAGAAGAAUUUCCUGAAGAAGUUCAGGUAUCAGAAGUAAUCUCAGAUGGAAAAUCAAGAAAGCGGGUGACGAAAAAACGAGUUAUUAAGAAAGUAAAAGAUGGAAAACAAGAAAAAACCGAAAUUAUGACUGUAGAAGAAGAGGGAAAGAAACCAGAAACAACAGUGACUGUAGAAGAAUCAUUGAUUCCAGAUGAACUCCUCAUAGAGAAACCUACGUACACUGUAGAAGAAUUGCCUGAGGAAGUUCAGGUAUCAGAAGUAAUAUCAGAUGGGAAAUCAAGUAAACGACUUACGAAAAAACGAGUCAUCAAGAAGGUGAAGGAUGGAAAGCAGGAAAAAACUGAAAUUAUGACUGUAGAAGAAGAAGGAAAGGAACCAGAAACAACAGUGACGGUAGAAGAAUCAUUGGUUCCAGAUGAACUCCUCAUAGGGAAACCUACGUACACUGUAGAAGAAUUGCCUGAGGAAGUUCAGGUAUCAGAAGUAAUAUCAGAUGGAAAAUCAAGAAAACGAGUUACGAAAAAACGAGUCAUCAAGAAGGUGAAGGAUGGAAAACAGGAGAAAACUGAAAUUAUGACUGUAGAAGAAGAAGGAAAGGAACCAGAAACAACAGUGACGGUAGAAGAAUCAUUGGUUCCAGAUGAACUCCUCAUAGAGAAACCUACAUACACUGUAGAAGAAUUGCCUGAGGAAGUUCAGGUAUCAGAAGUAAUAUCAGAUGGGAAAUCAAGAAAACGACUUACGAAAAAACGAGUCAUCAAGAAGGUGAAGGAUGGAAAACAGGAAAAAACUGAAAUUAUGACUGUAGAAGAAGAAGGAAAGGAAACAGAAACAACAGUGACGGUAGAAGAAUCAUUGGUUCCAGAUGAACUCCUCAUAGAGAAACCUACAUACACUGUAGAAGAAUUGCCUGAGGAAGUUCAGGUAUCAGAAGUAAUAUCAGAUGGGAAAUCAAGAAAACGACUUACGAAAAAACGAGUCAUCAAGAAGGUGAAGGAUGGAAAACAGGAAAAAACUGAAAUUAUGACUGUAGAAGAAGAAGGAAAGGAACCAGAAACAACAGUGACGGUAGAAGAAUCAUUGGUUCCAGAUGAACUCCUCAUAGAGAAACCUACGUACACUGUAAAAGAAUUGCCUGAGGAAGUUCAGGUAUCAGAAGUAAUAUCAGAUGGGAAAUCAAGAAAACGAGUUACGAAAAAACGAGUCAUCAAGAAGGUGAAGGAUGGAAAACAGGAGAAAACUGAAAUUAUGACUGUAGAAGAAGAAGGAAAGGAACCAGAAACAACAGUGACGGUAGAAGAAUCAUUGGUUACAGAUGAACUCCUCAUAGAGAAACCUACGUACACUGUAGAAGAAUUGCCUGUGGAAGUUCAGGUAUCAGAAGUAAUCUCAGAUGGGAAAUCAAGAAAACGAGUUACGAAAAAACGAGUCAUCAAGAAGGUGAAGGAUGGAAAACAGGAAAAAACUGAAAUUAUGACUGUAGAAGAAGAAGGAAAGGAACCUGAAACAACAGUGACGGUAAAAGAAUCAUUCGUUCCAGAUGAACUCCUCAUAGAGGAACCUACAUACACUGUAGAAGAAUUGCCGGAGGAAGUUCAGGUAUCAGAAGUAAUAUCAGAUGGGAAAUCAAGAAAACGACUUACGAAAAAACGAGUCAUCAGGAAGGUGAAGGAUGGAAAACAGGAAAAAACUGAAAUUAUGACUGUAGAAGAAGAAGGAAAGGAACCACAAACAACAGUGACGGUAGAAGAAUCAUUGGUUCCAGAUGAACUCCUUAUAGAGAAACAUACGUACACUGUAGAAGAAUUGCCUGAGGAAGUUCAGGUAUCUGAAGUAGUCUCAGAUGGGAAAUCAAGAAAACGAGUCAUCAAGAAGGUGAAGGAUGGAAAACAGAAAAAAACUGAAAUUAUGACUGUAGAAGGGGAAGGAAAGGAACCAGAAACAACAGUGACGGUAGAAGAAUCAUUCGUUCCAGAUGAACCCCUCAUAGGGAAACCUACGUACACUGUAGAAGAAUUGCCUGAGGAAGUUCAGGUAUCAGAAGUAAUAUCAGAUGGGAAAUCAAGAAAACGAGUUACGAAGAAACGAGUCAUCAAGAAGGUGAAGGAUGGAAAACAGGAAAAAACUGAAAUUAUGACUGUAGAAGAAGAAGGAAAGGAACCAGAAACAACAGUGACGGUAGAAGAAUCAUUGGUUCCAGAUGAACUCCUCAUAGAGAAACCUACGUACACUGUAGAAGAAUUUCCUGAAGAAGUUCAGGUAUCAGAAGUAAUAUCAGAUGGGAAAUCAAGAAAGCGGGUGACGAAAAAACGAGUUAUUAAGAAAGUAAAAGAUGGAAAACAAGAAAAAACCGAAAUUAUGACUGUAGAAGAAGAGGGAAAGAAACCAGAAACAACAGUGACUGUAGAAGAAUCAUUGAUUCCAGAUGAACUCCUCAUAGAGAAACCUACGUGCACUGUAGAAGAAUUGCCUGAGGAAGUUCAGGUAUCAGAAGUAAUGUCAGAUGGGAAAUCAAGAAAACGAGUUACGAAAAAACGAGUGAUUAAGAAGGUGAAGGAUGGAAAACAGGAAAAAACUGAAAUUAUGACUGUAGAAGAAGAAGGAAAGGAACCAGAAACAACAGUGACUGUAGAAGAAUCAUUGGUUCCAGAUGAACUCCCCAUAGAGGAACCUACGUACACUGUAGAAGAAUUGCCUGAGGAAGUUCAUGUAUCAGAAGUAAUAUCAGAUGGGAAAUCUAAAAAGCGGGUCACGAAGAAACGAGUUAUUAAGAAAGUAAAAGAUGGAAAACAAGAAAAAACCGAAAUUAUGACUGUAGAAGAAGAGGGAAGGGAACCAGAAACAACAGUGACGGUAGAAGAAUCAUUGGUUCCAGAUGAACUCCUCAUAGAGAAACCUACGUACACUGUAGAAGAAUUGCCGGAGGAAGUUCAGGUAUCAGAGGUAAUAUCAGAUGGAAAAUCUAAAAAGCGGGUCACGAAAAAACGAGUUAUUAAGAAAGUAAAAGAUGGAAAACAAGAAAAAACCGAAAUUAUGACUGUAGAAGAAGAGGGAAAGGAACCAGAAACAACUGUCACGGUAGAAGAAACAUUGGUUCCAGAUGAACUCAUCAUUGAAAAACCCAUGUACACAGUAGAAGAACUGCCUGAGGAUGUUCAGGUAUCAGAAGUGAUAUCAGAUGGGAAAUCAAGAAAACGAGUUACGAAAAAACGAGUGAUUAAGAAGGUGAAGGAUGGAAAACAGGAAAAAACUGAAAUUAUGACUGUAGAAGAAGAAGGAAAGGAACCAGAAACAACAGUGACGGUAGAAGAGUCAUUGGUUCCAGAUGAACUCCUCAUAGAGAAACCUACAUAUACUGUAGAAGAAUUGCCUGAGGAAGUUCAGGUAUCAGAAGUAAUAUCAGAUGGGAAAUCAAGAAAACGACUUACGAAAAAACGAGUCAUCAAGAAGGUGAAGGAUGGAAAACAGGAAAAAACUGAAAUUAUGACUGUAGAAGAAGAAGGAAAGGAACCAGAAACAACAGUGACUGUAGAAGAAUCAUUGGUUCCAGAUGAACUCCUCAUAGAGGAACCUACGUACACUGUAGAAGAAUUGCCUGAGGAAGUUCAGGUAUCAGAAGUAAUAUCAGAUGGGAAAUCUAAAAAGCGGGUCACGAAAAAACGAGUUAUUAAGAAAGUAAAAGAUGGAAAACAAGAAAAAACCGAAAUUAUGACUGUAGAAGAAGAGGGAAAGGAACCAGAAACAACUGUCACGGUAGAAGAAACAUUGGUUCCAGAUGAACUCAUCAUUGAAAAACCCAUGUACACAGUAGAAGAACUGCCUGAGGAUGUUCAGGUAUCAGAAGUGAUAUCAGAUGGGAAAUCAAGAAAACGAGUUACGAAAAAACGAGUGAUUAAGAAGGUGAAGGAUGGAAAACAGGAAAAAACUGAAAUUAUGACAGUAGAAGAAGAAGGAAAGGAACCAGAAACAACAGUGACGGUAGAAGAGUCAUUGGUUCCAGAUGAACUCCUCAUAGAGAAACCUACAUGUACUGUAGAAGAAUUGCCUGAGGAAGUUCAGGUAUCAGAAGUAAUAUCAGAUGGGAAAUCUAAAAAGCGGGUCACGAAAAAACGAGUUAUUAAGAAAGUAAAAGAUGGAAAACAAGAAAAAACCGAAAUUAUGACUGUAGAAGAAGAAGGAAAGGAACCAGAAACAACAGUGACGGUAGAAGAAUCAUUGGUUCCAGAUGAACUCCUCAUAGAGAAACCUACGUACACUGUAGAAGAAUUGCCUGAGGAAGUUCAGGUAUCAGAGGUUAUAUCAGAUGGGAAAUCUAAAAAGCGGGUCACGAAAAAACGAGUUAUUAAGAAAGUAAAAGAUGGAAAACAAGAAAAAACCGAAAUUAUGACUGUAGAAGAAGAGGGAAAGGAACCAGAAACAACAGUGACGGUAGAAGAAUCAUUGGUUCCAGAUGAACUCCUCAUAGAGAAACCUACGUACACUGUAGAAGAAUUGCCUGAGGAAGUUCAGGUAUCAGAGGUAAUAUCAGAUGGAAAAUCUAAAAAGCGGGUCACGAAAAAACGAGUUAUUAAGAAAGUAAAAGAUGGAAAACAAGAAAAAACCGAAAUUAUGACUGUAGAAGAAGAGGGAAAGGAACCAGAAACAACUGUCACGGUAGAAGAAACAUUGGUUCCAGAUGAACUCAUCAUUGAAAAACCCAUGUACACAGUAGAAGAACUGCCUGAGGAUGUUCAGGUAUCAGAAGUGAUAUCAGAUGGAAAAUCAAGAAAACGAGUAAUGAAAAAACGAGUAAUCAAGAAGGUGGAAGAUGGAAAACAGGAGAAAACUAUGAAUGUGACUGUAGAAGAAGAGGGAAGGAAACCAGAAACAACAGUGACGGUAGAAGAACCAUUGGUUCCAGAUGAUUGCAGCAUAGAAAAGCCUAAACGAGUAUCCAGAAAAAGAGUCACCCAAAAGAAGAAAGAUGGAGAACAGAAAAAAGCCGAAAUUGUACCUAAAGAAGAUGUUGAGGAAGGCAAACAGAAACAAAUCCAAGCCAUUGAAGAACCGGAAACGAAAACAAUAGCGGCAGUGAAGGUAAUCAGUCAAGAACCAGAAAAAAUUCUUUUUGUUCCCACAUUAUCAGCCAAUCAAGAAACACCUACUGAACAUGAAGUGUUGAACUUGGUCAAAUUGGAAAUGAUAAAGAAAUUCUUUGCCCAUCCUUUGCCAGAAUUGCCUGUCGGAAUGAAUAUUCCCAUCUCAGAAUGUGUCAUCGUUCUGGAAUAUGCUCAUAGAGUGAAAUCUAAGAAAUUACUCGACGGAAGAAAAGAAACUAUAACUAGAAGAACACUGCGAAAACCAAAAGGUAAAAGAGAUGAGGUUCUGAACAUAUUCAUCAGAGAAAGAGACGGCGAAGAACCAAUUAUCGAAAUGAACAUAGAAGAAAUGCCCAAGUUGACAAAUGAAAAUCCUAUUGCUGCCCUCAUCGAACUACCAGAGGAUAUAAAUGUGAUUGAAAUUAGCACUGAUGGUGAAUUUCCUACCAAGAAAAUCACGAAGAAGAGGAAACUAUUAAAGAAAUCUGGAUCCAAAUUAGAAGCCAUCGAAAUAACGUCUACCAAGGAGGAUGAUCAUAAACCGUUGGAAUGUGUCAGAAUAUAUGAAUAUGAUGAUAUUGAAGAGGAAUAUCCGGAGGUUCUGCAAUUACCAGCUUUUAAGCUUUGUGAGGAAAUAGUCCCUACAGCUAUUGAUGAAAUAGUUCAUCUAUCAUCAGUUACACCAACAAUUACACCACAGUCGUCAACAAAAACAAUAACAGAAGUGCACACUUUAGAAAAUACACAGGGAACAUCUGAAGGUAAGACACUGUUUUUUUUUAUUAAUUCCAGUCCAGUAAUUGAAUAUAAAAAUGAUCAACAUAAAUUAUUUCCAUGUUCUAAUUUAUCGAUAUGUUAA